CCGCAGCCUGCGACUUCGCGUUCAGUCAUUGUCCGACCAACAUCUCGGUCGUACGUUGUAACAUCGACCGGCGUUGUCGCUACUUCAUUAGUCGUACGAGUGCCCGUUAAACGAACGGUUAACUCCGACCCUUGGAGUGUAGGUGUAGUGCUAAGUGAUGGUGUGUUUUUAGCUGUACAACAUAAAAGUGUAUCGCUAAUAAGUAUUGCUGUCUCUGCUGUGUGGCGAGUUCCACGGAGUUGCCUAACGGCUGUGCGCCUGCGAGGGAAGGCAUCGCUUCACCGGGAGGAAUGAGCCCCGUACACCACAGCUCCCGCACUCACCGAUGAUCUCAAGAGACAAUGUUGAUAGACACCUUACCGCUCGUGGUUUGGACGCUCUUAGUCACAACGACAAAUGUAGCGACACAAAGCCAAUAUGGAAUAGGCUUAGGAAUAAAACGAGAAGUAUUUUUCUUAAAUUUAGAAGACGGCUAUUUUGGCUGUCAAGUAAACGAAUCGACACAAAUAUUACAAUUAUAUGAAUUAUCAAAAUUAUGCGACGGUGUCAAGGAUUGCUAUAAGGGAUCCGACGAACUCGUGAAAGAGUUAAAAUGUACAGAUGAUUGUACCAAAGAAGAUGGCGCCCAGUGUAUAAAUGGUCGUUGUCUAAACGGGGUGUGCCAUUGUAAUGAUGGUUUCGGCGGCUGCAACUGUCAGGAACCAGAUGUAAAUGAAUGCAAAGACAGACCAUGCGAUGUUUUUGCACACUGUACCAACACGGUUGGUAGUUUCCAAUGUUCGUGUUUCCCAGGCUACGAAGGCGACGGUUUCACUUGCAAAGAUAUAAAUGAGUGUGAGGAUCCGGCAGUAGCGUCGCGAUGCGUUGCAAACGCUGAGUGCUGUAACCUGCCAGCUCAUUUUAUUUGCAAGUGUAAUCGAGGUUUCGAGGGCGACGGCGAAGAAGAGUGUAGAGACAUUGAUGAAUGUCGUCGACCUGGUGCUUGUGGAGUAAAUGCUGUGUGUCAGAACUAUCCCGGAAACUAUACAUGCGCGUGUCAGACUGGUUACACUGGAAAUGCUUUCGACGGCUGCGUAGAUAUCGACGAGUGCGCCCAGGAGGGGAGCUGCGGCGUGGGCGCGCUGUGCCGCAACGUGGAGGGCGGCUACGAGUGCAGCUGCCCGCCCGGCUACGAGGGCGAGCCUCGCGUCGCCUGUCGCGAUCAGGACGAGUGUGCACACGCCACUUGUGGCAUUGGCGCGAUUUGCGAGAAUCUUCCAGGCGCUUAUCGCUGUCUGUGCCCACCAGGUUUUGAAGGCAAUCCAGAAGUGCAGUGUAUUGACGUGGAUGAAUGUAAGAAUAGCGAAGCAGUGUGCAGCGAACAUGCUAUGUGUACCAACACACUUGGCAGCUUCGUGUGCACUUGCAAGCCGGAGUACACAGGAGAUGCGCGAGUAGCGGGGGGGUGCCGAGACAUCGACGAGUGCGAAACACUUGAGCACCCUUGCGGCACUCACGCCAUCUGCGAGAACGCGGUUCCAGGAUACAAUUGCGUCUGUCCACAAGGUUAUAGAGCUCAACCAGACCCACAAGUUGCUUGCGAACAGGUGGACGUUAACACUUUGUGUAAAUCAAACUUUGAUUGUACCAACAAUGCAGAAUGCAUAGAAAGCCAAUGCUUUUGUAAAGAAGGAUUCGAUGCUCGUGGGUCCGUUUGUAUCGAUGUGGACGAAUGUGCGAAAAACCUUACCAUUUGUGGGGAAAAUUCACUAUGUUUAAAUACACCAGGAGGUUUUAAUUGUGAAUGUAUUAACGGAUUCGUUGGUUCUCCUCCACGAGUGGCUUGUCGAGCGCCAUGUGAAGAUGUGAAAUGCGGUGAUCAUUCUUACUGUAAGCCGGAUGGAAUAGAAGCAUACUGUGUUUGUGAAGAUGGCUGGACAUUUGAUCCAACAGAUAUAGCGGCGGGUUGUGUAGACAUCAAUGAGUGUGAUGGAUCAGUUGGACCAGUUGGCCGCUGUGGUAAUAAUGCACGUUGCACUAACACGCCGGGUAGCUUUACUUGCCAAUGUCCAGAAGGAUAUACCGGUGAUGCUUAUAAGCAAUGUUUAGAUAUUGACGAAUGUCAAAUAGAAGGCGCUUGUGGAGUUGGAGCAGAUUGCAUCAAUCGAGAUGGAUCCUAUACUUGCGAAUGCCCAGAAGGCAGUUUACCUGACCCAGACCCUAGGAUGCGCUGUGUUGAAAUUCUAACAUGCAAAUCUGAUAACGAUUGUCCCGGUAAUGCUGUAUGUGAUCCAAACUCUAGGUGUCUGUGCCCAGAGCCAAAUGUUGGCAAUGAAUGCAGGCAUCCUUGCGAGGCUUUACAAUGUGGAAGUAAUUCAGAAUGUCUGCUGAAUGACCAGAUUGCGCAAUGUACAUGUAGAAGCGGGUUUGCAGGCGACCCAUCAUCACCUACUGGUUGUCAAGAUAUAAAUGAAUGUAUUGAUAGCCCUUGUGGACCUGGAGCAGUUUGUAAAAAUCUUCCUGGACGUUUCCUAUGCGAAUGUCCUGGUAUGUUCAGCGGCGAUCCCUAUGUCAAUGGCUGUGUUCCAGGAAAAAUGCCUAUUGAAUGCAGUAGUACCAAUCCAUGCCCUCAGGGUGAACAAUGCAUUUCACAUGACGGAGAAAAUGUUUGUGUCUGUACACAAGGUUUUUCGCGUAGCACUGAAACUCUAUUAUGUGAAGAUAUUAAUGAAUGUGUUCAACACGGUAGAUCUCCAUGUGGUCUAAAUGCUAUUUGUAAGAAUUUGCCUGGUAGCUACGAAUGCAAAUGUCCGGCAGAAUACAGUGGAAACCCUUACCAUCUCUGUGAAGUUUGUGACGAUAUAACAUGCCAGUGCCAACCGCCAUAUAAAGUUGUAGAUGGUAAUUGUGUGCUCUCUGGGUGCACAAAAGAUAAUAAGUGUGGAAAAGGUGCAGAAUGUAUUGUUAUCUCUGAUGGAGUGAGCUAUUGCGCUUGUCCAGUUGGUUUCUCACAAACGGCUGAAGGAUCUUGUGAAGACAUAAACGAGUGUACGUCUGGACAAUCAGCAUGCGGUUUCGGCGCAGAAUGUGUAAAUACGAUUGGCUCGUUCACCUGCAAAUGUCCAGCUGGCUAUAGCCAAGAUACAAUGUCCGGACAUUGCACACUAAAUCAAAAGCGAUGCAUAAGCGAUUCAGAUUGCUUCCCAAAUGAAAAAUGUAUUCAGCCCGGAAAAUGUGUAUGCCCGCCGCCAUUUUAUUUGGACGUUACAGACGGACAGAAAUGUAAAAGUCCAUGUGAGAGAUUUACUUGCGGCAUAAAUUCGAAAUGUACUCCAAGUGAUCCUCCUCGAUGCAUGUGUAUGACAGGUUUCGAAGGAGAUCCUUACACGGGAUGUACAAAUAUAAAUGAAUGUCAUAGCGCACCAUGCGCUUUUGGAGCUAUUUGUCACGACCAGAAAGGUGGCUAUCGCUGUGAGUGUCCUCCGAAUAUGGUUGGUGAUCCCUAUAAAAGCGGAUGUGAAGUUGAAGAAAUGCCAGCAGAGAAACGUUUAUGCCGAGCAGAUGAAGAUUGCGCGAAUACGCUCGCGUGUUUAAACAGCACCUGCCUGUCCCCAUGUACCAGUGUCUCAUGUGGAUUGAAUGCUUUCUGUGAAGUAGAAAACCAUGCUGCUUGGUGUCGCUGUAACCCAGGCUAUACAAAACCUGAAGGUGGCAAAUGUAUUUCUGGAUGUGAUACAUAUUCUUGCGCUUCUGGAGCCCAGUGUAUAAUAUCAAAGACUGGGCCGACUUGCGUAUGUCCAGAGGGAAUGGUUGGAAAUCCGUUCCCUGGAGGAGCAUGUAGAAGAGAUACUUGUGGGCCCGGCUUGCCGUGUGAACAGCCGCUUAUGUGUGUGGCGGGUCGUUGCAGACAGAGAUGUGAGGGUGUUGUCUGUGGCGUUGGCGCUUCAUGUGACCAACAGAGCGGGAAAUGUAUUUGCAAUGCAUUUUUUGUUGGAAAUCCUGAUUUACUUUGCAUGCCGCCGAUUUCUCCACCAUCAUGUGAACCUGGAUGUGGGCAAAACGCACACUGUGUUUACGGCCAAACCAAUGCUUGCAAAUGCAACAAAGGAUUUACUGGAAAUCCGUAUAAAACGUGCUUACCACGAAGGCAAAUAACAUGUGCUAAAGCUUCAUGUGGUCUAAAUGCAGUUUGUCAGCAAACCAGAUCACAUGUGGAAUGUUUAUGUCCUCCAGGAUACAUUGGAAACCCUAACAUACAAUGUACGGAUGUAGAUGAAUGUGGAAGUAAGCCAUGUGGUGAAAACGCAAUAUGUAUAAAUACACCGGGAAGUUUUAGUUGUAUUUGUAAAAGCCGAUACGUUGGAAAUCCUUACGAGUUAUGUUCACAAGUUUCCAUUUCUAAAUGCGCCGAUGGUACCAUAUGUACUUGUUCCCAUAACGCUACAUGUCCUGAGGGAUUCAUCUGUGAAAAAUCGAAAUGUGUUGACGUAUGUCGUACGAUGAUGUGUGGACCUAAAUCAAUCUGUGAAGAAGGCGAGUGUCACUGUCUACCUGGGCAUAGUGGCAAUCCUAAUGAUUUACAAAGAGGAUGCGUUCCUGAUAAUAAAUGCAUGGUAGAUGGAGACUGCAAGGAUUCAGAAAUAUGUUUCCAAGUCGCGAAAAAUGUUCGGAAAUGUGUAGAUUCUUGUAGCAAACUGCAGUGUGGUCCAAAUUCUCUGUGUAUUGGAGCCAACCAUCAAGCUCAUUGUAUAUGUGCUGAAGGGUAUGUUGGAAAACCCACAGAUGUGAAAACGGGUUGCCAUUUAAUUGUUCAAGAACCUCAUGAGCCUAAAUGUAAUGCAGAUAGUGAUUGCAAACAACCUGAGGUUUGUAUUUCCGUAGACGGUACAGCGAAGCGCUGUUUUGAUUUAUGCUCAACUAUAGCCUGUAGUGCAAACGAAGUUUGCCGCGUCAUAGAAAAUAACCCACUAUGUGAAUGCAAAGAUGGUUUUCUUUGGAAUCCUCUAAAUUCUAAUUGUGAACAGCCCUCAACACCAAAUUGCAAGUCUAAUGAUGAUUGCGAGGACAACAAAUCUUGUCAAAAAGAUGUGCUUGGAGUAAAUAAGUGUGAUGACAGUUGUUCGUUGUUUACUUGUCCUCAAAAUUCAAAGUGUGUAACAAAAAAUCACAAAAGCCGAUGCGAGUGUCUAGCUGGAUUUGGAGGAAAUCCAAAUGAUCGUGAUGGAUGUAUAGCUAUUAAUAAGAAUCAAUGUUCAGAUGAUGCGCAAUGUAGAGAAAAUGAAGUCUGUAAAUAUGUGGGAGACGUUAAAAAGUGUAUUUCUGCAUGUCAACAAGUAAUAUGCGGUCCUAACGCUGUCUGUGUUACUAACAACCACAUUGCAAAAUGUCAGUGUCCAUCAGGUCCGUUUACAGGAAAUCCAAAUGAUUUGGAAAAAGGAUGUCAAUCUGUGCCUUGCAUUUAUAACGCAGACUGUCCACCGCACGAAUUAUGCAAUCGUAUAACACAUUCGUGUAUGAAUGCUUGCGGGGAAGACUCCUGUGGUGAGAAUGCUGUAUGCAUAGCUGAAAAUCACAAAGCAAGUUGUCAAUGUCCUAAUGGCUACAAGGCCGAUCCUAUACCCGAUGUUAACUGCAAGAAGAUAGAAGUUUGCAAUCCUAAUCCAUGCCAUUCAACAGCUAUCUGUGAACCGAGACACUCAUCUUAUGUAUGCAGAUGCCCAACUGGGUAUGUAGAAGAUUUCAAUGGGGGUUGUAGAAGGCAAGAUGAAUGUUCUAAUGGCGAUGAAGACUGUCCAUUGGAAACAACAUGUGUGAAUAGACGGUGUGUAAAUCCGUGUGAUGGUGCCUGUGGAAUUAACUCGCUAUGUAAAGUAGUAAAUAGAAAAGCAAUUUGCAUGUGUCCUGAUGGUUACGAAAAUAUUAAUGGCAAUGCGUGCAAGAAAAAGUUACUGAUUUGCUCGAGUGAAAGUGACUGCAAUGGCGAUGUUUGUUCCAAUGGUCAGUGCUUUACUGCCUGUAAAAAUUCCGCGCAAUGUGAUCCAGGAGAAGCUUGCGCUAAAAACUUCUGCGUUACCCAGUGCUCUAAACAUACGCAAUGUGGCAUAGGACAAGCUUGUGUCGCAGGACAAUGCUUGAUUGGUUGCAGAAGUCAAGAAGACUGCCCAAGCGAAGAGGCUUGUAUAAAUAACAGGUGUGUCAAUCCCUGUUUAUCAACAAAAGCGUGCGGGCCAAAUGCUAUUUGUUCAAGAAUCAACCAUAAUACCAAAUGCGAGUGCCCGCUUGGAUUUCAAGGAACACCAACACCUCAACAAGGAUGUGUGAGAAAACCUAGUUCAUGCUCGCGUACGUCUGAGUGUCCUCCUGAUCACAUGUGCAUUGGAUAUCUCUGUCAAGUUCCGUGUCAAGAUAAUUCUGGAUGUGCUAUUGGAGAAAAAUGUAGCGAUAAUAGAUGUCACAAAAUAUGUCAUUCCAGUAGUAACUGCUUACAUGGAGAACAUUGUAGUGCUGGCGUAUGCAUUCCUGGUUGUAAAACGAGUUCUGACUGCUUAAGUAAUCAGUUAUGUAAUGGAGGACAAUGUCAGUGCCUUCCUGGAUUCGAAUUAUCAAGUGAUGAAUGUCUAAACAUCAAUGAAUGUCUUGACAGUCCAUGCCACCCAUCAGCACAAUGUGUAGAUACCCCAGGCUCUUUCAAGUGCGUCUGCUCAGUUGGCGCCAUCGGUGAUCCUUAUACUAGCGGUUGCUUAUUACCAAACCAGUGUAGAAACGAUAAUCAAUGUGAAGAUUCACUUGCGUGCAUUAGAGGAAAAUGUUCGAACCCAUGUCAAACUAAAACUUGUGGUCUAAAUGCUUUAUGUAAGGUUGUUAAACAUAGAGUUGCAUGUGCCUGUGAGAAAGGCUUCCUGGGAAAUCCGUUAGACAAGAAAAUUGGCUGCUUCAAGGUGGAAUGUAUAGAUGACCCUGACUGCUCAAGCGACAAAUUCUGUAACACAAGGAAUAACAAAUGUUCUGACCAAUGCGAAGAAACUUAUUGUCAGGGUGGCAUUUGUACUAUAGAAAAUCACAAAGCUCUGUGUACUUGCCCAACAGGGUAUGAUUUAGUCAACAAUGUUUGUGAAGACAUAAACGAAUGUUCAACUAACCCAUGCCCUUUGAAUGCAAACUGUGUAAACAAUCGAGGAUCAUAUUCAUGUAGUUGUGCAAAUGGAACUGUACUGGAUACAAAUACCGGGAAUUGCAGAUUACCAGGAGAGUGCUUUUCUGACGAUGAUUGUUCCGAUAAAACCAAAUGUGAAAACAAUUAUUGCAUUGACCCCUGCGAGAAGUCAUCCCCCUGUGGUGAAAAUGCUGAAUGCAUAGUCGCGAAACAUAAUCCUAUUUGUGAAUGUCCUACUGAUAGCCAAGGCGAUCCCUACAAACAGUGUGUCAAGUUUGAAUGUAUUAAAGAUAGUGAUUGUUCAUCAGAGGAAGCUUGUGUCAAUUAUAAGUGUAAAAACUCCUGCAGUAUACCUCGAGCAUGUGGCAAAAAUGCUGACUGUCUUUCAAGGAAUCACAUUGGUCAUUGUUCCUGUUCGUCUGGUUUUACGGGAGACCCUGUACUUGGCUGUGUGCCUAUUCAAUUCUGUACGGAUGACAGCAGGUGUUCAUCAGGAACUAAGUGUGUUGACAAUUUAUGUGUUGGUGUUUGCAAAAACUCAAGAGAUUGCUUGAAUGAUCAACUCUGUAUUCAAGGCACUUGUCGAGUUACUUGUAAUUCAAAUAGCACUUGCCCAGAUUUCCAAUUUUGCUUAAAUAGAAUUUGUACUAAAGAAGUACAGUGUACAUCCAACGAAGACUGUGAUGAUGAUGAACGGUGUACUGUAGGAAGGAAAGGAGUUCCACAAUGCGUUAAAGUUUGUGAAAGACAUCCCUGUGGGAGGCAAGCAGUGUGUGUUGGUAAAAAUCAUCAACCCGCUUGUUCAUGUGCGCCAGGCUUUUUCGGAGAUGCUCUUCAAGGAUGUAAGAGAAAAGAAUGUGAGGUGGAUACGCAAUGCUCUGAUGAUAAACAAUGCCAUCAAAAUAUGUGUAAAAUAGCUUGUCUAGUAGAAAACUCGUGUGGCGAAAAUUCCAUCUGUUCGUCUGAAAAGCACAACCAUGUGUGUUACUGUCAACCUGGUUACACGGGAGACCCAGCAAGGGGCUGUGUUAAAAUAAAUAGAUGUGCGUCUAAUCCCUGUGGCAAUGGAGCUGAGUGUAAAAACCUUAGAGAUAAAGCUCAAUGUGCUUGUCCCGCGGGAUACGUAGGCAACCCCUAUGAAGAGGGUUGUCGUAAGGCACAAGAAUGCAGAUUUAACCGAGACUGUCCUCCAGUGGCGCGAUGCACUGUCGUUGGUGGAAUACGAAAAUGCACUGAUGCAUGCGAAACCGUAAAGUGUGGUCCUAAUUCUGAGUGUGUUGCUACAAGACACCUUGGUCAAUGUAAAUGUAAGAGUGGAUAUGUUGGUAAUGCUGCUAGUGAUAAAGGUUGUAAGCUUCGAGAAGUAUCAUGUAAUGAAAGAAGCGACUGUGGCGAAGAUCAAUACUGUCAUAAGGGUCUCUGCAAAAGUUUAUGCCUCGUGGACGAAGAAUGUGGAUCAAGUGAGAAAUGUUACAAUGGACAGUGUGUCAACCCUUGUAAAAUGGAGAAAGCCUGUGGUUUGAACGCUUUAUGUCGAACUGAUAACCACGUUGUGCAGUGUAGUUGCCCUCAAAGUUUUACAGGAAAUCAAGAUAUUGAGUGUGUUAGAAUGCCCAGAUUAUGUGGUGCGGCAGGUGAAUGUGAAGAUGACUACAUGUGUCAAGAUGACAUGUGUGUUCCAAAGUGUACAUCUGAUGAAGAAUGUGCUUUGAACGAACGCUGCUCCAAAGGCACUUGCUUGUUGACGUGCCGUGUAGACAACGACUGUUUCUUAGGUCAUAUAUGUCUGGGAAAUAGCUGUAUGUAUGGGUGUAGACACGAUGAAGAUUGUGGACCAGACGAAUUUUGCAAAAACAAUGUUUGUCAAAAUCCCUGUGCAAACGACAUAAACCCUUGUGGCCCUAACGCAGUUUGUUCAGUGGCAGAUCGCAAAGCUUCAUGUACAUGCCAAGAAGGUUUAAUACCUAACCCAACUCCGAACAUAGGUUGUGUCCGAGCUCCAUCGUUAUCCUGCCGCAUGCACACGGACUGUGCUACAGGCUGGAGAUGUGAAGACGAUCGCUGUCGCCCAGCUUGCACAACUGAUGGCUCCCAAUGUUUGCAAGGCGAACGAUGCGAUGCAGGAGUGUGUAGAUAUGCCUGCACCUCAGAUGAACAGUGUUCAGACGAGGAGGUUUGUGAUGGUCGCAUCUGUGUGACGGGGUGUAGAUCUCAUUCCGAUUGUUCAGAUCAGCUAGCCUGUGUAUCAGGACAGUGUGUGGACCCUUGUACAGAACCUGCUACUUGCGGAGCUAAUGCAUUAUGUUCGACUAAAGACCAUCAACCAGUCUGCACAUGUCCGCCGACAUUAUUUGGAAAUCCAAAAACAGUAUGCCGAAGAAAGAUUUUGCCUUGCGACGAGAACGAGAACUGUCUUGAUGGAUUUAAUUGCUAUGGAGGAACAUGUCAACCAUCAUGUAGAGGUGAUAGUGUUUGUUUAUCCAACGAAAAGUGUAUUCGUGGUAUAUGCAGAGUUGUAUGUAACAGCAACGAAGCGUGCAGCAAAGGCUAUAUUUGUGAUGGCAGAAUUUGUAAACAAGGGUGUAGAGAUGAUAACGAGUGUGACAUUAACCAAGCUUGUUUGAAUGGACAAUGCAAAGAUCCGUGUGGUGAAAAUGCAGUCUGCGGAAUUUGUUCGGACUGUAAAGUACAAAAUCAUCGUGCUCAAUGUAGUUGCUCGAGCAAUUAUACCGGCAAUCCUCUUGUUGAGUGUAAAAAGAAAACAAUGUUAUGUGACGGAUUUUGUCCUUGCGAUGACAGUGGAUAUUGUGUCUCACUCUGUGAAUCUGACCCGGAAUGUCCGUGUGGCGAGAAAUGUCUUAAUGGAGGUUGUAGGGCUGUUUGUUCAGUAACAAAUAAAUGCCCCGAAAGACAAAUAUGCCUAGACAAUCUCUGUGUACCUGGGUGUAACUACGAUGCAGAUUGUGGAGAUGAUAUGGUAUGCUCUUCGAAACUUUGCGUCAAAGCUUGCCAAGAAGAUACUUGUGGUAAAGACGCGGCUUGUUUUGCUAUUAAACACCGUGCUAUAUGCAAAUGCCCUAGUGGAUUUACCGGCGAUCCGUCGGAAGAAUGUAAAGCAUAUGAAUGUUCUAACAAUGAGGAUUGCGAUGCUGAUGAGAAAUGUUCGGAAGGAAAAUGUAAAAACGUAUGCUUAGGAGCAUGUGGGGUGAAUGCAAUAUGUCGUGCACUUAAUGGCAAUCCACAAUGCUCUUGUCCACCUAAUUACAUUGGCAAUGCAAAGGUUGAAUGUUCUAAGCCCGCAGCAGGCAGCUGCUUGCGCAACCCCUGUGGGGUGAGUGCUCGCUGUCGUGACUUAGAAGACGGCAACUACGAGUGCACGUGCCCACCUAACUGUGCCGGCAAUCCUCAUAAACAAUGCUUUUGUGGGGCUAUGGAACCGUGUGCAUAUAAAUCAUGUGGCACCAAUGCGGAGUGUCAUAUCGGUGCACAUGGAGAAGCCCAAUGCUUCUGUCCACGUAACUAUCCUAACGGUGAUCCUAAUAUAGAAUGUGCCCAAGAACGGAGUGUAGUAGAUUGUAGAACAACAGGUUGUGGAAUUAAUGGGGAAUGUUUAAGAGAAGGCGCAGAAUUUGUAUGUCGAUGCAUUCCCGGCACAGAAGGCCAGGCUGAUGUCGAAUGCCACACCAGUAUCGAAUGUACGAGCGACAAGGACUGCCCAGUAGACAGAGCGUGUUUGAGCCUACACUGUGUGGACCCCUGCACGGUGCGCGGAGUGUGUGGAGAAGACGCCCUUUGUGUAACCUUGAUGCACAAGGCGCAGUGCUCAUGCCCUCAGUGCUAUACUGGGCAGCCACGCAUAUCAUGCCGCCUCGACCCUUCUUGCAAGUCCACGGAUGAACAUAACACAACCUUCACCUGUUCCGAAACUAAGUCGUGCCCAUCAAAACUAGCCUGCGAUCUCAGUACUAAUCAAUGCCGUAAUCCUUGCCUUGGAUAUCAAAAUUGUAGACGAAAUCAGAAAUGUGAAGUUCGGGAUCAUAGACCGAUAUGUGUAUGUCGGAAUGGAUUUGCCUUGAACGAAAAAGGAGAAUUAACUUGUGCACCCGAACAUGCAGAAUGCACAAGAGACGAACAAUGUCCGUCGAAUGCGGCCUGUCGCAAUUCCAAGUGUGUGAAUCCGUGCCAAGCGUCUGUAGAGCCCAUGUGUCCCAAGGGCAAACAGUGUGAAGUAGUAGAUCACCGCGCUAUGUGCGUAUGUGUCGAAGAAUGUAACCCAACAUUAUCAAUUUGCUUGAGAGAUAGCGGCUGUCCAAGUAACUUGGCAUGCAGAGAUUUUCAAUGCAAGGACCCAUGUAAUGGCGCUUGUGGUGGAGCUCCAUGCUCAGUAGAAGACCACCACCCAGUUUGCAAGUUUUGCCCUAGUGGAUUCACACACGAUGAAAAACAUGGCUGCGUUAAAGCGACAGAGUGCGGCGGGCACGAGCACUGCGCGCCCACGCUGGCGUGCAUCGGCGGCCGCUGCGCUGACCCGUGCGCGCGCGGAGGCCCGUGUCUUAACGGCCAACACUGCGCUGUCGUCGAUCACCAACCUGUUUGCUCAAAGGUUUGUCAGUGCCAAACAUCAUCAGACUGCGCAAGAUAUCCAAAUACAUUUUGUGACGGCUGCGCUUGCAUUCGGGAAGAACGUCAUCCCUCCACAAACUGCGCUCACUGUCGGCCAGGAGUCCCUUGCGACCCAUUCUCCGGUGCCUGCAUGGAAAAUGGAACUUAUGUCCCACUAACCGAAACUACAUCAGGAGGAACAAGUGAAUCCGCCACUACAAAAGAUAGGACUAUGUCUACUGACCCUAUUCAGUCCACUGAUACUAAUGACUCUCAUACGACUCGCAAUACAUUAAUUCCCGAUUACAUGACGACUGACUUUACCGUUACUGUUAGGAGCCAAAUAUCAACCACUUCAACAGAUUAUUUCGACAUUAAUACAGGGACAGACGAAACUUCUCUUAAAUCUACCACAUCUAAUGCAAAUGAUGAAUCAACUGAAAUUCCUUUUACUAGCUCUAGUAGUCUCAGUGUUACUACUAGCUCUAGUAGUCUCAGUAACACAUUAAAUGAUAUAACUGAGACUGUUGAUAUUUUAGAAAACACGACUCCGAAAGCUUUCAAUUCCAUGGAAGAUUCUAAAAGAAUAGCUACAAUUGAUGAAUCCGAAAUUAAAACAGCUUCUACUGCUAGAGCAACAUUCAGUGGAAGUGGAAAAAAUACCAUAGAAGGAAAUAUACAAGACGCAUCAAGCUUUACAGGCUCUGUAAAGAGCUCAGAUUUAUAUGAUACUACUACUCCUCUUAAUGCAGUAACUAAUGCAAUGGAUAGUAGUGAAAGAGACCAUAGCACAAUUCUGUCAGAGACACAAUUUAAACAAACUACCAAAACGUUGAGCAACAAUAUGAAUGAGUCAACCUAUACUCCUACAGAUCAUCAAAGUAAUGAUAUGACAACACAAAUUACUACGCCCUAUACAAAUAUCGAAGAUUAUUCGUCAAUUGAUUCUGAUGUCCUCUUGCAGAGUAGUAGUACAAUUCAUGUUGAAAGUACCAUAAAACCUUACACUAAAAAGAUUGUCGAAGGAAAUCAUUCCUCAACAGUUUCAAUUGAAAAUAAAAACACAAAAACCCCAGAAAAUCAAAGAAAACUGAACAGUAAUUACACAGGAAUUACUUUAGUGGAAGAUCUUCCUCAAAAAAAUAUAACUACUUCAACUUUGCCAACUAGCACUACAAGGUAUACAAACUCAGAAAAACUUACCGAAACGAGCAUUAAAUUAACUACAUUUGGGACAGCAGUUGACUCAAAUGUAGGUGAAACUAAUACAAAAAUGUUACAUGAAAAUGUUACGGAUAAAAUACCAAUUGAAGAGACCCACCGUGAUACUACCGCUCAUAGUACUUUUGCAACUGACGAUAGUUAUACUACUCCAGAGACGUCUGAUACUGUUGCCAUCGACGAUGUUACAUCAUUGAUUGAUGCUGUGCGUACGGCUAGUACGAUGGACGCAGAUGAAUUAAUAACACAAUCUUACAUUACUGUACAACUUACUGACAUAACAACAAAAUCAAUCCUAGUCACGGAAACUGAACAAUCUGACAAAAAAACAACAACCCAAUUUGACAUUUCAUCUGCAGAUUCUGAGACCACUUCUUCAUCGUCUAUUCCAGUAACUUUGCGGGAACAAACCAAACUUAAUGACUUGUCUGGUAUAACUGCAACCACAAGGCCUACUCUAGACUUACAAAGUACACCAGAGCUCACUACUCAUACGGAAACUGAAUAUUCGAAUGAAAAUAACACGACAAUCGAAACUCAGGACUAUAGUAUAGUAGAAAAAAACACAACCGCAACUUCAGCUCCAACACUUAUACCUUAUACGAAUUUUAAAACAAAUACAGUGUCUUUUGAAUCAUCAACAAUGCAAAUUAGUUUUGAUCAAAGCAGCUCUUCCAGUUACUCGGUUGAGUCUACAACAGACACAAUGGGUCUCAAAACCAAUAAACCUAAUUAUGAAAAUGAUGGAACAACAAUUCAAUUCACAACAGACAUCGCCACAAAAACAGCGUCUUUAGAAACAUCGACAAUACAAAUUAAAUCAGAUCAAAGUACCUCUUCCAGUUAUUUGGUCGAGACAACAACAGAUCCGUCUGAUCUCAAAACCAGUAAACCUAAUAAUGAAAUAGAUAAAUUCACGGAAGACAUUGUCACGAAUACUGUGUCACUAAAAACAUCAACAAUGAAAAUUGUAUUAGAUCAAAGUACCUCUUCCAGUUAUUCGAUUGAAUCAACAACAGAUACAACAGGUCUCGAUAUAAAUGAACCCAUAGAUCGAACAGACUUUACAGUCACGUCAGACAGCAUCACAUCAAAACCUAAAACCAUAACUGUUACUGAAAACAUUACUAAUAAAUCUGUGCAAAAUACGGCUACUGAAGACUCAAUGACCACAAUAGAUCAUAACACAGUAACAGAUAAAUUAUUUCCAAUACAAACUCAAGCAAUUGAGAAAACAACAAAAGGAAUAACAUCUGACAAUCCUAUACCAGGAAUAGAUUUUACAAAGGAACCUGAUAAUACGGCCACAAUAAAUUCAAAGGACGAAAUCACACAAUUUUAUUCAGGAACUACCGCUUCAGAAUUAACCAGAACUGACACAAUGAGACAUAUCUAUACAGAUCCACCAGAAACGACCAGUACCGCUUCUAUUACAAUAGAAUCUGCAAAAACAGAAGGGGUGACCGUUUUUACAGGGACGACAGCUUUUAGAGAUAUUGUGUCUAGCACAAUGAACUUGGAAACAACUACGAAUCAACCUAAUUCAUUGCCAUUAGGAGAAUCAACUAUAGGACCUGAACUAAUUAAGACCUUAGUAACUGAGAAAAACGAACCUGUGACUUUCACACCUGAUACAGCUACACAGUCAAGUACAAUUGACUCUACACAAACAAAAGAUAGUGAUUUUUAUACAACAAUGAUAUUCGAUAAUGAAAAAGAAAUUACUCCUACGUUUUCAACAGUCGCCAACGAUGGAUCAGUAACAUUAACAUCAGAUCUGAUCAGUGAUAGACAAGUGAAUGUUAGUCAAAUACCUAAUACAUCAGUCACGCCAGAAACAGAUAGUGAAUUGAAAGAAUCUUCAUCAACAGCGAUAGACGAGAAAAUUCCAACUCCAACAGCAACAUAUGAUGAUGCAUUGAUAACGUCUCGGUAUCCAAAUAUUGAGACGACUACAUCACAAACGAUAACAACACUUAACGAUUUUGAAAAUACUGAGUUAACAUCCCAUUCAAAUGAAAAAAAUAUAUUUGAUGAAACAACAGCUUCAUCUACAGAAAUUGGUACUUCAGUUACAAACGAAAAUUCUGACAACAUCCAUAAGUCACUCACCUCUACUGAACCUAACUCUGAUUUUACGGAAAACGGAAAAGUUGAUGGUAGCUCAACUUCUAGUAUACCGGAAGGGACAGUUACAACCGAAAAUUCUGAAAACAUCCAUAAGUCACUCACCUCUACUGAACCUGACUCUGAUUUUACGGAAAACGGAAAAGUUGAUGGUAGCUCAACUUCUAGUAUACCGGAAGGGACAGUUACAACCGAAAAUAUUCACCUUGAUACGCGAACUACACAGGCUAUAACACAAAAGCUACAUAGCGACAAGGAACUUAUUCCGGAUUAUGUGACUAAAUCAUUAUCACUUACAACAGGAAGUGGGACAUUUACUACAGAAACAGUAAACAGUUUGAAAGAAUCAACUACUUCUGAAAAUGUAGAAUUUGAAAUAAAUAACAAGGAUACUUCUACAUCUGAUGUUAUACCAGUUACCACCGAGAGAAUGAGUGUCGAUAUGAGCUCGUUACCAAUUGCUAUAGCUACGCUUAAAAGUACGGAAACUAAUAUUUACUUUACAGAAAACAAGGAUGGUGACUCAUUAACAACGGAUUCGUUUAACAAAGACAGUGAAACUACUACAGAUAGUGGGGUUGUUAGAAAAGAGACAGGGGUUACAUUUGAGCCUUCAGUACCCACUGACCAAACUUUGAUAAUAACAACAACCGCAGAAAAAUCCACGAGUUCAGAAAUAGAAAAUGAUUUAACGACUUUUAAAAAUUCUGACACUACUACAAUUGAAUCGGAAAUAAGAUCACAGACUCAGAUCCAAGAAGAUAAAAAUAUCUCAGUGACAUCUUUGCCUGCACAAGAAAUAGAUAAAGAAACCACUGAUAUCUCACCAGCAACAACAGACAAAAUAGAUAUUAAAAAAAUAAUGGUAAUGCCAGUGCCCACUGAAAUGCUAGAAAGUCCAAGUUCAACCCAACUUAAUAAGGAUUCCACUGAUAUCAAUGAACUGAAUUUAAUAGAGUCAACCACGUCAGGAUAUGAGUUGACAUUCAAAAUGGAACAAGGUUUAGGGACUACUGACGACAAGUUUGAUGUUAAGCAAACUUUUACGACACAAUUAUCUACACAGAGCAAAUAUACAGAAGUAACAUACACAAACAUUCAAGACAAGUCAAUGUACACCACAUAUAAUCCAAGCACAGAAAAAUUAGAAGAUGCAAUAGUAACAAAAAUCGAUAAAUAUACGACUCAAUCAUUACCACCCGAAACGGAUAGUACAACCUAUGUGAAUGUCGAAAAAAAUACUGAACAUAUAGGUACAUUUAGCACUCAAACAAAUGAUAAUGAGGUAACUGAUUCAACUAUAGCCGUAGAUCAAGGAAUGGCUGAAUCGACUAUUGCAAGUGACAUAACAACAACUAAAAGUCCAAUUGUACAUGAUAAUACUUUAAGUCUCGGAUAUACAACAGAUGACAUGAUGAUUGUUCACACAAAUGCUUUGAAUAAUGUAAUACAGCAUACAACAUAUUCAUCAAUAGAUAGAGAAACCAUAACUAGCGAUACCACUGGUUAUGCUACAGAAAAAAUCGUUGAUUCAACUACUGAUUUGAUACACAGUGAUGUUGAUGAAAAUAAAAUGACGGAUUCGUUUGUGACACUAGCAUCCACUCAAGCAAAUAGCAUGCCAACUCCAUUAGUUGGUAUUCAUACUGAAAUUCCUAUGGAUUUGAAAAGUUCAACAUCAACUGAGGCACAUAUAACUACAAAUAAAAUAAAUACAGAUAGUAUCUCUGAAACAACUGAACCUUCAACAGAGGUAAAAUCUCUCAAAGACUUACAAAAUACAUCACCAGAUUUAACGUCAACUACUUACACAACAGAGACUAGCACACAACAGACAGAAAAAGUUAUUACUGAAAUAACAACUCCAUUUAUGGAAAAUCAAAGUAUGGGUUAUGCUACAAGUAUAGGUGUAUCAGUUACCAAAGUUACAAAACAAGGUUUUAAAGAUUCUAAUGAUUUGGAUGCCAAUACAUUCACUUAUGAUAAUGUGAGCACUGAAACUACUACGAACGAAAUUGAUAGUACGGGGCAUACUGAUUCAAGUAUUAAUACAAGUUUGGGUGAAUUUGUGCCUAAUGAAGUGAAACUAACAACAUCUUUCAAUGAAAUGCAUGGUACCACUAGUGCCACGUCAGAACCAUUUUCUCCUAUCACAACAACAGAAGCACAAAUUUCUACGAGCGACAAUUUACAAUACACUAUUAGUACAUCUAAGAGUGUAAGUGACGAAAAUAGCGAAACGACACCUAUCACGACUGUUAAUCCGGAAGCGUCUUCUUCGGAGACUGUAACAGUUCAGCCUGAUACAAGUACUCCUAUACUGGUUUCCAAUACUUUGGAGGUUAAUUCAGAUAACCCUGAAAUGACAUUAGCUACGAUUUAUAACGAUAAUCGAUCUGAAAAUCACUAUGAAACGACUUCUAUUUCCAUAUCAAAUGAAUCGGUAACAUCCUAUUUCGAUCAUAGUACCAGUACGACAAAUAGUUUAACUUCGGCCAUACAGAAUACAAACGAUGAUUUUAUUUCAUCUACUGAAACUGCUAUACCAAUAUUGAAUAGUGAUACCGACAAAACAAUAAGUAUAACGAAAAAUUAUGAAACAACAAUUUCUUUAGUUAAAGAAAAUCAUAAUCUUGCAACAACUCAAAAUACAAUUACUGAAGAUAUAGAAGACUCCUUAACAUAUACAACAAUUAGUAAUACUGACAUUUCUCCUAAAACACAACACACAUCGACGGGUAUUAUUAGUACUUCUACUGAAAGUUUAUCAUCUCGUAGAAAAGGCGACGAUAUUUUUGCAUGGACUGAUACUACUUUAGUGACUGACAUGACUACUACAGAAACCACUGUACAAAGUACAGACUUACACAUUAACACUUCUUGUAAAAUAAACGUGAAUUGCCCGACGCAUAAGGCCUGCCUAAAUGGAGUAUGCCAGGAUCCCUGUCAAAUCCCUGGUUGUACAAAGAACGAAUCAUGUAUAGUUGUCAACCACGCUGCUGUUUGUGUGUGUGAUGACUCCACUGGAAUACACUGUUCUCGUAAAGAACCACCUGGAACACCCAAGGUACCAGAACCUUGUCACUCUGAUCGGGACUGUAUAGAGACUGAAGCCUGUUUUAUGGGAUUAUGUCAAAAUCCCUGUGAGUUCGACAACGUAUGUGGCAUAGGAGCCAAUUGCCAACCAGUAAAACAAAGGCCUAUGUGCUCGUGCCCCGCCGGGCACGAUGGAGACCCUGCUGUUAAGUGUUCACCUAAAAUAUUUGGUUGCACUCGAAAUGAAGACUGUCCCUUGACUGAAGCUUGUAUAAAUAAUGCAUGUCAACACCCAUGUGCCAUACACAAUCCGUGCGCACCUAAUGCGGUCUGUAUAAACACAAACCAUGGAUCAGACUGUAGCUGCUCUGAAGGAUUCCAAGGAAAUGGCUACGUCGGAUGUGUACCAGUAAUACCUUCAGGUUCAGUUUGUCAGUAUGAUGAGGAUUGUCCUCCAGAACUGCUUUGUGAUCGAUUAAACAGAGUUUGCAUUAAUCCUUGUGCUGUGAACAAAUGCGGAGAUAACGCAGAAUGCUUACCAUCAAAUCAUGGCAUUGAAUGCAAAUGUUCAGCUGGAUUUACUGGGAACCCAUUCUUAGAAUGUUUCCAAGUGCAAGGAUGUCGUUCUGAUAAUGAAUGCGCAAAUUCAGAAGCUUGUAUUAAUGGAAAAUGUGGAUCUCCGUGUCGAUGUGGUACUAACGCUGUUUGUGACGUCUUAAAUCAUCGCGCGUCGUGUAAAUGUCUGCCUGGUUACACUGGGAACCCCCAGCAUGGGUGUGAACCACCAUCUAAUCCAUGUAUUCCAAAUCCUUGUGGAACAAAUGCAAUGUGUGAAAUUGAUAAUGGCAAUCCAAUUUGCUUUUGUCCUAAGGGAUUAACAGGAAAUCCUUUCAAAAAUUGCAUUCCUGAAGGCAACGAAUGUGAACCAAAUCCAUGUGGACCAUUCUCUGGGUGCAGACUAAUUGACAACAAACCCGCUUGUUUCUGUCUACCGAAUUAUGAAGGUGAUCCCCCACGCCAACCAUGUCGGCUACCGAAUAAUCCAUGCAAUCCAUCACCUUGUGGACCUAAUACACAAUGUACAAUACAAUCAAACGGGUUUGCAAAAUGCACAUGUUCUCCAGGGUAUAUCGAAAGCCCUAAUACAAUCAGAGGCUGCGUGGAAUCUCGCAAUCCUUGUGAACCAAAUACAUGCGGUGUCGGUGCUCGAUGCGAUCCGAAUAGAUCGCCGCCUUGUUACUGUCCCGAAAACGCAAUUGGAAAUCCUUACAAGUCUUGCAACAGACAAGGUUACCUGCCACCCGAUGUGCUUUGCCAACCAGGUCCAUGUGGACCUAACGCAGAUUGCUAUGUAAGCGGCAAUAUGGAAAUGUGUUUCUGUAAGACUGGAUUCACGGGAGAUCCUCAUGUUGGCUGCCAACCUCAAAGAAGUCCUUGUACACCGAAUCCAUGCGGACCACAAGCUAUUUGCCAAGUGAAUUAUGAAGGACAAGCGUUGUGCUUGUGUCCCGAGGGUAGUUUAGGUGAUGCUUACGGUGUUGAUGGAUGUCACUCUCGAGAAUGUGAAGUAGAUGACGAAUGUAAAUUAAAUAGAGCUUGCAUAGGAUACGCCUGUCGAGACCCUUGUCCCGGGGCCUGUGGAAUGAAUGCAAAAUGUCGAGUUGAAUCGCACCGACCAGUUUGUAUUUGUGAAGAUGGAUUUGUUGGUAAUCCUCUGAUGAGUUGCUUACCACCAGGAGAUCAAAAAUCUAAUUCCAAAAAACCUUGUAACACUGCUCAAUGUGGUUUAAACGCUAUUUGUCAAGACGUCGGUGACAAAGCUUUAUGUUUCUGUCCUCCGGACUUCUUUGGAGACCCAAGCGUAGAAUGCAAACCUCAAUGUACAAUGAAUUCGGAUUGCUCAUCAAACGAAGCGUGUAUCAAUAAAAAGUGUACAGAUCCAUGUACAUUUAACAACGUGUGUGGAAUUGGCGCAGUGUGCUUGUGCACAGAACAUACGGUGUCUUGCCUGUGUCCAGAUGGAUAUAUUGGUGAUCCAUUGACUCAAUGUCUUUAUCGCCCAAUCAUUAUUGGGUCUGAUAAUACCACAAUUCCACCCUGUUCACCAAAUGACUGUGACCACAAUUCUCCAUGCGAUACCUAUGGAAAUCAAUUUGUAAUUUGUGAUGCUUGUGUUGGGCCGAAUGCUGCCAACAACCCGGCUUGCAGACCAGAAUGUAUGUUUAAUUCGGAUUGCGCCUUCAAUAAAGCCUGUUUGAGGAAUAAAUGUACAGACCCCUGCCCAGGUUCCUGCGGUGUCAACGCUUUAUGUUCAGUUUACUACCAUGACCCUAUUUGUCACUGUGCUGAAGGAUUCGAAGGAAAUCCAUAUGAACACUGUAAACUAAUAACAAAUCCUGUUUUAAUUGAAACUUGCGAUAAUGUACGGUGUGGUGCUAAUGCAGUAUGUGAAGACAGGAACGGUGCUCUCACCUGCAAAUGUUUGCCCAACUUUUAUGGAAACCCAUAUAUGUCAUGUCGUCCUGAAUGCGUCGUCAACAGCGACUGCUCACCAGAAUUGGCGUGUUUGAAUAAUAAAUGCGAAAGCCCUUGCAAGGAUAUAUGUGGAAUUGGAGCCUUAUGCAAAACCGUGAACCAUCACGCGGUUUGUUACUGUCCGACCGGAAACACAGGUGAUCCUUAUGUGCGAUGCCAAACUGCCGUUGUAGGACCACCCUCGUUGUCUACAUGUGAUCCGUCGCCCUGUGGAGCAUUCAGCCGUUGUCUUGUAUCGUCGUCUGGAUUUGCUGUAUGUUCAUGCUUACCAGGACAUAGAGGGAUAGCACCGAUGUGUCAACCAGAAUGUGUCAGUAAUUCAGACUGUUCUCAAACAGAGACUUGUGUAAAUCAACGGUGCUCUAACCCAUGCCAAGGUAGUUGUGGUGUGAAUGCAGAUUGUAUAGUAGUAAAUCAUAAUCCAAUAUGCAGCUGUAGCCCUGGACAAACUGGAGACCCGUUUGUGGCUUGCGCAGAUGCCAUAGAUCCAUUGCCUGUUGAUAAAAAUCCAUGUGUACCAUCACCAUGUGGCCCCAACUCUGUAUGUGAAAUUAAAUCUAAUCAUCCGGUAUGCUCCUGCCGCCCGAAUUAUUCAGGCACUCCGCCCUUCUGCAGACCAGAGUGUGUCAUAAAUCAGGAAUGUCCAUCUAACAAAGCCUGUAUCAAUGAAAAAUGUGCGGACCCAUGCCUAGGCGCAUGUGGGAACAAUGCGAAAUGUAAUGUCAUCAAUCAUACCCCACUCUGUAGCUGUCUCGAUGGAUAUAAAGGCGACGCAUUUGUAGGAUGUGUUACAGCCAAGGGUGACACACAGUCGCCAUGUAACCCAUCACCUUGUGGAGAUAAUACAAUAUGCACGGUGGUUAACGAUGUAGCUCGAUGCUCAUGCAUACCUCCCAAUAUUGGCAACCCGUAUGCAGGUGGCUGUAGGCCAGAAUGUACAAUAAACUCCGACUGUCCAAAUCAUCUUGCUUGCCUGUCAAAUCACUGCCGAGAUCCGUGCAAAGACUUAUGUGGCGUUAACGCAGAAUGUUCGGUCACUAAUCACAUUCCAGUCUGCACAUGUUUCAAUGGUUACGAAGGCGAGCCAUUCUCUUCAUGCCGUCGGAAAUCAACUCCACCAACGAAUUUCAAACCUUGCGAGCCAUCUCCCUGCGGAGCCAACAGUGAAUGUCAUGUGGUGAACGACCGCGCCGCUUGCUCCUGUCGUGCUGGCUACCUGGGAGCCCCACCUGCCUGCCGCCCUGAGUGUUCGGUCAGCUCGGAUUGCCCAACAAACAAAGCUUGCCUCGGUAACAAGUGCAAAGAUCCUUGUCAACAUAGCUGCGGCUUAGACGCACGCUGCCAUGUUGUAGGGCACAACCCUAUUUGCACUUGUCCAGAAAACUUACCAGAAGGAGAUCCAUUUAUCAGAUGCUACAGAGAAAGUAUUAUUCAUCCAGCACCAGAUCCAUGCUUGCCAUCUCCAUGUGGACCACAUUCUUCAUGCCGGAACGAAGCCGGUCGUGCAGUCUGUUCUUGCGAACCGGGAACCUUAGGAGCGCCGCCAUCUUGUCGUCCGCAAUGCGUCAUCAACCAGGACUGUCCCUUGGCACUUGCCUGUCUGGGUGGCAACUGUGUCAACCCGUGUGUUGGGUCUUGUGGCUUCAACGCGCGUUGCAUAGUACAAAAUCAUCAACCAGUUUGCUCCUGCGACGAAGGUUUUUCGGGUGAUCCAUUUGCUGGCUGUAACCCUAUAACAAUUUCGAAAGAUGUACUUCAUCAACCUUGCAAUCCAUCACCUUGUGGACCUAAUGCCAUUUGUCGUGAAAGGAAUGGUGCUGGUUCUUGUACAUGUGUAGAUGAAUUUUAUGGUGAUCCAUAUCGUGGAUGUCGUCCAGAAUGCGUGAUGAACACUGAUUGUCCCAGAGAUAGAUCUUGUUUCAAUAAUAAAUGCGUGGACCCGUGCUCUGGAGCCUGUGGACAGAAUACCGAAUGUAGAGUUGCCAACCAUGCACCCUCAUGUUACUGCUUGCCUGGAUAUAGAGGAAAUCCUCUUCAUGCAUGUACUCCUGUUUCAUCUAUACCAGAACCUUCGGAUCCGUGCAAUCCCUCACCUUGUGGGCCCUACAGUAAAUGUCGCGUAUUUAAUCGGCAUGCUGUUUGUACAUGCCUUGACCUAUGCGUUGGUUCUCCACCAAAUUGUAGGCCAGAAUGUAUUGUCAGUUCUGAUUGCCGACCAGACAAAGCAUGUAUUAAUCAAAAAUGCCAGGAUCCGUGUCCUGGUAUGUGCGGUAUUGACGCUCAGUGUCAAGUUGUGAAUCAUAAUCCAAUUUGUAGCUGUCAUAACGGAUAUACAGGCGAUCCCUUCGUUAGAUGUUUCUUUGAAGACAAACAAAUGGAACCAAUAAAUAAUUGUUUACCUAAUCCAUGUGGUCCACAUUCGCAAUGCAAGGACGUCAAUGGUCUAGCAGUAUGUUCAUGCUUUGAAAAUUAUGUUGGGCGUCCUCCUAACUGCAGACCAGAAUGUAUGAUUAACGUUGAAUGCCCGGGUAACUUGGCAUGCAUUUCUCAAAAAUGCAGUGACCCUUGCCCAGGAUCUUGCGGGUACCACGCGAGUUGCGCUGUUGUCAAACAUAUACCUGUGUGUACAUGUGACCAAGGUUAUACCGGCGACCCAUUUUCGGGAUGUUCCCCUAUACCAACCAUUGAACCUACAGUUGAAAGUCCGUGUUCACGAUCACCAUGUGGGGCGAACGCUAUUUGCAAAGAAAGAAAUGGAGUAGGAUCAUGCACUUGCCUUCCGGAUUACUACGGAGAUCCAUAUGUGGAAUGUCGUCCAGAAUGUGUAUUAAAUUCAGACUGUCCCAAAGAUAGGGCUUGCAUUAACAAUAAAUGUAAAGACCCUUGCCCUGGAGUGUGUGGAAUGAAUGCUGAAUGCCGCGUAAACAAUCAUGCUCCCGCUUGUGCGUGCCUGCCAGGCUAUGAAGGAAAUCCGUUUACAUCUUGUUAUUUACGCCAAAACGACAUCCCAAUUGAUCCGUGCCUACCAUCACCUUGUGGGCCGUACAGCAUAUGCCGUGUCACCAGUGGGCAUGCAAUAUGUUCAUGCCAAGAACAAUAUUUUGGUUCACCGCCUUUUUGUCGGCCUGAAUGUAUGGUCAGCAGUGAAUGUAUGCCUAAUAAAGCUUGCAUCAAUCAGAAAUGUGUCGAUCCAUGUAUCGGAGCGUGCGGAAAUAACGCAAAAUGCACUGUAGUUAAUCAUAAUGCACUAUGUAGUUGUCCUCCGAACUACGCCGGAGAUCCAUUCGUGCAUUGUACCUUUGAAAAAAGACCGGAACCGAAGCCUUCUGGAAAUCCAUGCAUACCGUCACCCUGUGGGCCAAAUUCACAAUGUAGGUUAAUAGGAGAAACCCCAGCUUGCUCUUGUCUAGCUGGUUAUAUAGGAAGAGCACCAAAUUGUCGCCCCGAAUGUAUAUACGAUGAAGAAUGUCCAAGCAACCUAGCUUGUAUUCGUGAAAAAUGCGUAAAUCCAUGCGAAGGGUCCUGUGGUUCAAACGCAGAAUGUGUUGUCAUUAAUCAUAAAGCAAUUUGUCAUUGUCGCGAAAGCUAUACGGGAGACCCAUUUAGUGGUUGCUAUUUUAUUGUAACAAUACCAAGUGAAGACGAGACAAACCCAUGUAACCCGUCACCUUGCGGUCCAAAUGCAGUGUGUACUGAAAGGAAUUCAGUGGGGGCCUGUACAUGUACGCCAGAAUAUUUUGGAGAUCCAUAUUUGGGUUGUAGACCUGAAUGUGUCACAAAUAAUGAUUGCCCAUACGAUAAAGCUUGUUCUAACAAUAAAUGUGUAGACAUAUGUCAGGGUGCGUGCGGGAUAAAUGCCCAGUGUACCGUGGCACAUCAUACACCAGUUUGUCUCUGUAUUGAUGGUUAUGACGGUAAUCCAGUCGUAUCUUGUCAUCCUCAAAGAAAGCCUCCAAUUGCAGAUUUCAAUCCAUGCAUACCGUCACCUUGUGGGCCUUACAGCAAUUGUAAGGUAGUAGAUGAUCAUGGAGUAUGUUCAUGUCGGGAAGGGUAUGUGGGCUCACCGCCUACUUGUAGACCAGAGUGCAUUAUAAGCACGGAUUGUCCUCAACACCAAGCAUGUAUAAAACAAAAAUGUAGAGACCCGUGCCCGGGAACGUGUGGUCUCAAUGCAAGAUGUCAAGUAAUAAAUCAUAAUCCGAUCUGUACAUGUAGAGCCGGAUUUACUGGGGAUCCAUUCGUUACUUGUCGUUUGGAGCAAAAAACUAUCUUAGACGCGCCUAAAGGAAAUCCAUGUGUUCCUUCACCAUGCGGUCCAUACUCUCAAUGUAAAGUAGUGAGCGAAGCGCCUGCAUGUUCAUGCUUGCCGAACUAUAUUGGUGUUGCACCAAAUUGUAGACCUGAAUGUUCUAUCAACGCUGAGUGUCCUGGUAAUCUUGCAUGCCAAAAUGAAAAGUGUGUGGAUCCGUGUCCUGGCUCUUGUGGUUUUAACGCGGAAUGUUCUGUAGCGAAUCAUGUAGCACUUUGUAGCUGUUUAUUGGGAUAUACAGGUGACCCUUUCAGCGGUUGUUCACCUUUUGAACAACACCCAGAGCCGCCACCCAAUCCAUGCAGUCCAUCCCCUUGUGGCGCCAAUGCAUUAUGCAAAGAACGAAACGGCGUUGGCUCGUGCUCGUGUCUGCCAGAAUACUUUGGUGAUCCCUACACAGGGUGUCGCCCAGAGUGCGUAUCUAAUUCUGAUUGUGAUCGUAACAAAGCCUGUUCAAAUAAUAGGUGUAAAGAUCCUUGCCCGGGAGCUUGUGGUAUUAAUGCGGAAUGCCGAACUGUAAAUCAUUCUCCGACAUGUACUUGCCUGACAGGUUACAAUGGUAACCCACUUGUCAGAUGUGAAAUAGAAAUUGUUACAGAAAGUUCUAAGAUUCCUUUGGACCCUUGUCAACCGUCACCAUGUGGUCCUAACAGCUUAUGUCGUGUGAUAAAUGGACACAGUGUUUGUACAUGUGAAAGUGACUACAUUGGCACUCCACCUUCCUGCCGCCCUGAGUGUAUCGUCAGUUCUGAAUGUCCGCAAGAUAAAGCAUGCAUUAAAAAGAAAUGCAAAGAUCCAUGCCAAGAUUCUUGCGGCGUUAACGCUCGGUGCCAAGUUAUUACACAUAAUCCUAUUUGUACAUGCAGUCCUGGAUACACAGGAGAUCCGUUUACACAGUGCAAAUUAAUAGAGCGUGAUGUGCCCCCCUCAACCAAUCCAUGCGUGCCUUCCCCUUGCGGGCCUAAUUCCGAAUGUCGUGUUAUUGGAGAUCAGGCUGCUUGUUCCUGUUUAACAAAUUACAUUGGCAGAGUGCCAAACUGUAGACCAGAAUGUACUAUAGAUCCUGAAUGUCCUAGUAACACAGCUUGUAUUAAUGAGCGUUGUAAAGACCCGUGUCAAGGAGCAUGUGGAGUUAAUGCUCUUUGUUUGACUAUUAAUCACAAACCAGUGUGCUCUUGUCAACAAGGCUUUACUGGUGACGCUACGAGAAAUUGUAUUCAAAUUGUAAUAUCAUCAACCGAAAUGACUCCAACCUCAAGUCCCUGUACGCCAUCGCCUUGUGGACCUAACGCUGAAUGCCGAGAAUACAAUGGUGCAGGGGCUUGUGUCUGCUCCGAGGGUUACGAAGGUGAUCCAUACAGUACGAACGGAUGUCGCAGAGAAUGUGAGAGUAACGACGAUUGCACACCAAACUUGGCAUGCACACGAUUCAAGUGUAUAGACCCCUGCCCAAGAACUUGUGGCCAGUUAGCGCAAUGUACCGUUGAAAACCAUAUUCCUGUUUGUACAUGUCCGAGAGGAUAUACUGGUGAUCCUUUCUUCCAGUGUAAAGAAAUAACCGUAUCACCUACUCCUCCGCAAAAUCCAUGUGAACCUACACCUUGUGGUCCAAACAGUCAGUGCAGACAAGUGAACAUGCAAGCAGUAUGUUCGUGUCUGCCGAAUUACAUUGGAUCACCGCCGUCAUGUCGACCUCAGUGUAUUGUAAAUAGCGAAUGUGACACAUCUAAGGCUUGCAUCAAUCAGAAAUGUGAUGAUCCUUGCCCACAUUCCUGCGGUUUAAGAGCACACUGUAUAGUGAAGAACCAUAGUCCUAUUUGCACUUGCCCAUUAGGCAUGACUGGUGAUCCUUUCACACAAUGUUAUGGAAUUCCAUCCACCACAACUGAAAGGCCUCCAUCUUGUACUCCUUCGCCGUGUGGUCCUAAUUCACGUUGUCAGUUAUUAGCAAGUGGACCAGCUUGCUCAUGUUUACCUGGCUAUGUGGGCUCCCCGCCUUCUUGUCGGCCAGAAUGUACCAUUAAUGCCGAAUGUCCGGCAUCACUUGCCUGUGUUCGUCAAAAGUGUGAAGAUCCGUGUCCAGGAUCGUGCGGAGUGGAUGCAUCAUGUCAUGUUUUAAACCAUGUAGCAGUUUGUGUAUGCAAUGAAGGAUAUACUGGCGAUCCUUUUGCAAGAUGUUUGCCUAUCCUUGAAGAUUCUACGACACCUGCGCCUUUGGAUCCCUGCAAUCCAUCCCCAUGUGGUGCAAAUGCUGUAUGCGAUAACGGAUUCUGCACUUGUUUAGCUGACUACAGUGGUAAUCCUUAUGAAAGUUGCAGACCGGAAUGCACGGGAAGUCAAGAAUGUCCGAGGGAUAAGGCAUGUUUCAGAAACAAAUGCCGUGAUCCAUGUCCGGGCACAUGUGGACAGAAUGCUAAAUGUGACGUUAUAAAUCAUAUUCCCACAUGCUCCUGUAUGACAGAAUACACCGGGAACCCAUUCACACAUUGCCGCCGAAUGGAACAAGAAAAACCAAGGCCAAGAGAUCCUUGUCAUCCAUCGCCAUGUGGACCUAACAGUAUUUGUAAAAACGUCGAUAACGCUGCUAUAUGUGCUUGUCUCGAAGGGUUCCAAGGCUCGCCACCAGCCUGUCGACCGGAAUGCGUUGUUAGUUCCGAAUGUCCUUCUACCAAAGCUUGCGUUAAUCAAAAGUGCAUCAAUCCGUGUAUUAAUGCGUGUGGAAUAUCUGCGCGCUGUGAAGUUAUAAAUCACAGCCCAAUUUGUAGCUGCAAUUCGGGACAAACAGGAGAUCCAUUCAAAAGCUGUUAUGAUAUUGUAGAUCCAAAAGUAGAACCAGUGGAUGCAUGUAAUCCAACUCCGUGUGGUCCUAAUUCACAAUGUAUGGAAAGAAAUGGAAAGGCAAAUUGCAGAUGUAUCGAAAACUACAUUGGACAGCCGCCAAAUUGCAGACCAGAGUGUGUUAUUAAUCCUGAUUGCCCUUCCAAUCAAGCAUGUAUAAAGAAUAAAUGCAUUGAUCCAUGCCCUGGAUCUUGCGGAGUAAAUGCUGACUGCAUCGUAGUGAGCCACACGGUUUCAUGUAGCUGCCGAGAAAGGUUUACAGGCAAUCCAUUCAUGCAAUGUGUUCCUGAAGAGGAAAAUACUGUUCAACCCUGUGAUCCAUCGCCAUGUGGAGCAAAUGCAGUUUGUAGCCAACGAGACGGUGCUGGAUCAUGUUCAUGCCUGGAAGGAUAUCAAGGAAAUCCCUAUGAUGGUUGCCGUCCAGAAUGUGUCCUGAGCUCCGACUGCCCUGCUGAUAAAUCAUGCAUAAGAAAUAAAUGCGUAGACCCCUGUCCAGGCAUUUGUGGUAGAAAUGCAGAAUGUAACGUUAUUAACCACGUUCCAAGUUGCGCAUGCAUCAAAGGAUAUACUGGAAAUCCAUUUGACCAAUGCAUAAAAGAACAACCUAUAGAAAUUAUUAAACCAUGUCAGCCGUCUCCUUGUGGUCCCAAUAGUAUUUGUAGGGAAAAUGGUGGACUUGCUUCUUGCGAAUGCCUUCCAGACUAUCGAGGUGCACCUCCUGAUUGUAGACCAGAAUGUACUGAUAGCAGCGAGUGCCCAUCAGAUCGUGCUUGCCAUCGAUUAAAAUGUGCUGACCCUUGCAGAGGAACAUGUGGCAUAGGAUCUCAUUGUCAAGUUAUUAAUCACAGUCCUUUAUGUAGUUGUCCAGCGGGUAUGACUGGAGACCCAUUUAUAAAGUGCAUUGAAAUAGCGAAGGUUGACAACGAAGUAGAUCAGCCAAUUCAUCCAUGUCAACCAAAUCCUUGUGGAGCAUACAGUGAAUGUCGCCCGAUUAACAACAGUCCAUCGUGCUCAUGCAUUCAAGGAUAUCUAGGUGCUCCACCAAACUGCCAUCCAGAGUGCCUUGUCAAUACAGAUUGUCAGUCGCACCAAGCAUGUAUUGCUGAGAGAUGUAGAAAUCCAUGUGAAGGUUCCUGUGGUUUCAGAGCUGAAUGUCGCGUACACGAUCAUAUACCUAUUUGUAGUUGCCCUACCGGUUACUCUGGUGAUCCAUUUAUCCAAUGUGUUGAAGUGAUAGACAUACCAACGACUUCACCCGAUCCUUGCAAUCCGUCUCCAUGCGGUAGUAAUGCAAUUUGUAAUGGCGGCGCCUGCUCAUGCGCACCUGGAUAUUUCGGAGAUGCUUAUACUGGUUGUCGACUCGAAUGUAGUACCAACGGUGAAUGUUCUCCAACUCGUACGUGUCAAAGAGGCAAAUGUGUUGAUCCAUGCCCAGGUGCUUGCGGAACGAAUGCAAUUUGUUCAGUCAAUAACCAUAUACCUUCCUGCACCUGCCCUCCUGCUACCUCAGGAGAUCCAUUCACCCUUUGUUCAGAUAUACAAAAAGAUAUUACCAUACAAGUAUCACCAUGUUCUCCCUCUCCGUGUGGCCCGUAUAGUGAAUGUACAGUGAGUAAAAAUGGUGCUGCGGCUUGUUCUUGCAAGGCAGGACACGUUGGAUCGCCUCCUUCUUGUCGGCCGGAGUGCCUCGUGAGCGCUGAAUGCAAAUUACAACUAGCCUGUAUUGAUCGUCGCUGCCGCGAUCCUUGUGAAGGAGCUUGCGGUCGCGGAGCUCGUUGCCAAGUCAUUGCGCACUCACCAAUUUGUACAUGUAAUGAAGAAUAUACUGGAGAUCCUUUCUCCUAUUGUUAUCCAAAACCAGCCCCACCACCAGAACCAAUUAACCCAUGUGAGUCAUCGCCAUGCGGUCCGAAUUCAAUUUGUCUGAACUCUGGAGACACACCUGCGUGUAGUUGUCAGCCUGGUUUUAUAGGAGCUCCACCAAACUGUCGCCCAGAAUGCACCAUAAGCGCAGAAUGUCCAGCAGCUUUAGCUUGUGUAGCGCAGAAAUGUAAGGAUCCGUGCGAACAAGCCUGUGGCCCACGAGCAAUUUGUUCUGUGGUCGAUCAUCGUGCGAUCUGCGCCUGUGAACCAGGCCUUGAGGGUGAUCCCUUCCAGGGCUGUUCACAGUCAAAAGCUCCACCAAAGGUCGAAUAUCUAAAUCCAUGUGAACCAUCCCCUUGUGGUGCAAAUGCCGAAUGUAAAGUACAAGGAAAUGCUGGAUCGUGCUCGUGUUUGCCUGAUUAUUUUGGUGACCCUUACCAAGGUUGUAGGCCUGAGUGUUUAGCUGAUUCAGACUGUCCCUUGGUUUUGGCAUGCAGCAGAAAUAAAUGUGUAGAUCCAUGUCCGGGAAUAUGUGGGUAUAACGCAGACUGUUAUGUCACAAACCAUAAACCGAUAUGUAACUGCAAGCCUGGAUACACUGGGACUCCAUUAUCAAUUUGUCACCCCAUAAGAGAAAACGACAUUUCAGUUGUAAACGUUUGUAACCCGUCGCCCUGUGGAAUAAACGCUAUUUGUAAAGAAGUAAAUAAUCAGCCUGUUUGUUCAUGCCUACCAAAUUAUUUGGGUACACCACCAAACUGUAAGCCAGAGUGUAUGAUGAACUCUGAGUGCAAGUCUAACCGGGCCUGCGUUAAUCAGCGAUGCAUAAAUCCUUGUCCUAAGCCGUGUGGACAAAAUACUGAAUGCAAAGUAAUUAAUCACAGUCCUGUGUGUACUUGUCGUUCGGGUUACUCUGGAAAUGCAUUCACAAUGUGUAGUAUAAUCAUGCAAACGUCACCUAGCGUAGCUGCACCCUUAGAUCCCUGUGUUCCGUCUCCAUGUGGUUCAUACGCUGAAUGUCGAGAUAAUAACGGAAUAGCUUCAUGUUCCUGCUUACCUUCCUAUGUGGGCUCUCCUCCAUACUGUAAACCUGAGUGCGUCGUUCAUUCCGACUGUCCAAGUGACCGAGCUUGUGAAGCUGAAAAAUGCCGAAACCCUUGCGAAGGUUCCUGCGGUCUAUAUGCAACAUGUUUUGUUAAUAACCAUGUUCCGGUAUGCCUUUGCCCAGAUGGUUUCACUGGAGAUCCAUUUAGGCAAUGCACUCCAAAGCCCGUCGAAGAUGAACCUGUGGCUAUUCCUAGUGAUCCUUGCCAUCCUAAUCCUUGUGGACCGAAUACUGUCUGCAAUAAUGGUGCAUGUUCAUGUGUGGCUGGCUAUCACGGUGAUCCUAAUCUUGGCUGCCGACCAGAAUGCGUUUAUAAUACAGAUUGCCCUCUUGAUAAAGGUUGUUUACGAAACAAAUGUGUCAAUCCUUGUAUUGGAACCUGCGGAAUUAAUGCAUUAUGUGACGUUAUGAACCACGUGCCAAUGUGCUCAUGUCCCAAAGGCAUGAGUGGCAAUGCUUUUGUGGAGUGUAGACCAUCAGCAGUUUCAAUCACCAACCCAUGCAAUCCGUCACCUUGCGGGCCCAACAGUCGUUGUCAGCAAUCAAAUGGACAAGCAGUAUGUUCCUGCGUACCCGGGUAUCGAGGAAGUCCACCAACAUGUCGGCCAGAAUGCGUUGUUAGUCUCGAAUGCCCUCUAAAAGAAGCUUGUAACAACCAAAAAUGCAUAAACCCUUGUAUUGGAGCAUGCGGAACGGCUGCAGUUUGUGAUGUUAUCAAUCACAAUCCAAUUUGUACAUGCCCACCAUCGUUUACCGGGGAUCCUUUUGUAAGGUGUACAGUUAUAGUUGCAGUAGAAGUACAGGUAAAUCCAUGUGAACCAUCACCUUGUGGACCCCAUGCAGUUUGCAGAAUAAGUGGAGAAAGCCCCAUUUGUGCUUGUUUACCGAGCUAUAAGGGAACACCUCCAAACUGUAGACCCGAAUGCAUUAGCAAUAGUGAAUGUGAUUAUAAUUUGGCUUGUAUUAAUCAAAAAUGUACAGACCCAUGUAUAGGCGCAUGCGGUUCUAAUUCUGAAUGCAGAGUCGUAAGUCACGCUCCAAUGUGUUUAUGUCAAUCUGGUUACACGGGCGAUCCAUUUACAUACUGUAGUCCUAUACCUAUCAUGGAUCAGAAAGAAAAUUUAACACCCUGUAAUCCUAACCCGUGCGGCUCUAAUGCCAUAUGCAAAGAACAAAGAGGUGUUGGAUCAUGUCAAUGUCAAGAUGGCUAUUCAGGCAAUCCUUAUGAAGGUUGUCGACCAGAAUGUGUAGUGAAUUCUGACUGUCCCCUUAACAGAGCUUGUUCUAGAAUGAAGUGUAUAGAUCCCUGUCCAGGAACCUGUGGCCCAAAUGCCUUAUGUCAAGUACAUAACCAUAUCCCGACAUGUAUCUGCCAACAAGGAUACACAGGAAAUCCAUUCAGCCAUUGCAAUAUCAUGCAAGAGUCAGUAGUAGUCGAAACUAAUCCAUGCAGUCCCUCUCCGUGUGGAGCAAACAGUCAAUGCAGGGAAGUUAAGGGACAGGCGGCAUGCUCUUGUCUACCGGAUUUCAUGGGUGCACCUCCAAACUGCCGUCCUGAAUGUGUAGUGAGCUCUGAAUGUCAAUCCCAUUUGGCUUGUGUAAAUCAGAAAUGCGUCAAUCCGUGCCAAAAUACAUGCGGAGAAAAUGCUAAUUGUAAUGUGAUCAAUCACAGCCCUAUAUGUGUGUGUAAACAAGGUCUUACUGGAAAUCCAUUUACAAAAUGUUAUCCAAUAAAAAUAUCACAGCCACCUUCGGACGUACCUCAAGAUCCAUGUUUAUCAGCACCAUGUGGUUUAUAUGCGGAGUGCCGAAACAUUGGCAAUGCUCCCUCAUGUGCUUGUUUCCCUGGCUAUAUCGGUAGUCCACCAAACUGCAGACCUGAGUGCACAAUAAAUUCUGAAUGCCCCAGCAUUCAGGCUUGUAUUAACGAAAAGUGUCGGGAUCCCUGUCCUGGAGCAUGUGGUGUAAAUGCUCAAUGUACCGUGUUUAAUCACGUUGCUCAAUGUAGUUGUGCUGAACGCUACUCUGGAGAUCCGUUUACUCAUUGCCUUCCAAUGCCUGACGAUGAUGAAACUCCUUUGGAGCAGGAUUUAUGCAAUCCAUCACCUUGUGGUGCGAAUGCUUUAUGUAACGAUGGAAUAUGUACAUGUCUACCUGAAUAUCAAGGUGACCCAUAUUACGGCUGUCGACCAGAGUGCCUAAUGAGUACGGACUGCCCUCAAAAUAAAGCUUGUGCAAGAAACAAAUGCAUAGACCCUUGUAUAAAUACUUGUGGCAAGGAUGCUUUAUGCAAUGUAUUCAACCACGUGCCCAUGUGUACUUGUCCCAAAGGAUUUUCCGGAAAUGCCUUCCUUGAAUGUCGACCGGUACGGGUAGUCGAGAACAUAAAGCCUUGUAAUCCAUCGCCAUGUGGUCCUAACAGCCAAUGUCGUGAAGUGAACGGACAGGCCAUAUGCUCAUGUUUAUCUGGAUAUAUGGGCGCACCACCUUCAUGCAGGCCAGAGUGUACGUCGAGUGCAGAAUGCGCGCUAAACCGAGCUUGUUCUAAUCAACGAUGCAUAGAUCCUUGUAAAGGAAAUUGUGGGUCAGGGGCUCAAUGCCAAGUUAUAAAUCAUAAUCCUAUAUGCUCAUGCCCUACAGGAUACACAGGGGAUCCAUUUACUAGAUGUAUCUUCGAAGAUAUUCCACAACAGCCUUAUGUAAAUCCAUGUGAACCUUCACCUUGUGGUCCGAACUCAGUAUGCAGAGAAGUAGGUGGAUCACCAUCGUGUGCAUGUCAAGGCGAUUUUAUUGGAAAUCCACCUAACUGCCGCCCAGAAUGUAUUGCUAACUCUGAAUGUCCAAAUAAUAUGGCUUGUAUUAAUAAGAAAUGUCAAGAUCCUUGUCCCGGCUCUUGCGGCUUGGCAGCCGAGUGUCGGGUAGUCAGCCACUCUCCUCAAUGCUUAUGCGCCCCAGGAUAUACUGGAGACGCAUUCAUAGGGUGUCAAAUAAUGGAUGUUCCUCUUGCACCUUGUUCACCAUCACCCUGCGGUUCAAACGCUAUUUGCAAAGAGCAAGGCAACGCUGGCGCAUGUGUGUGUCUACCAGAUUAUAUCGGAAAUCCUUAUGAAGGAUGCCGCCCCGAGUGCGUUGUAAAUUCAGAUUGUUCUACAAAUUUGGCAUGUGUACAGAAUAAGUGUAAAAAUCCAUGCAAUAACAUAUGUGGUCAAAAUGCCGUAUGUAAUGUCGUGAAUCAUACUCCAACGUGUGUUUGCCUGCCUGGCCUGACAGGAAGUCCAUACCAACGCUGUUUCGAAGAAACAUUACAAAUUUCAGUUGUGCCCAAAGAUCCAUGUACACCAUCACCAUGUGGACCAAACAGCAUUUGCAAAAUAUCCAAUAGUCAAGCUGUGUGCACCUGCCAGACUGAAUAUAUGGGGACACCGCCUGCUUGUAGACCUGAAUGUGUUGUAAGCUCAGAUUGUAAUCAACAACAAGCUUGCAUUCAACAAAAGUGCAAAAAUCCUUGCGAAGGCGUUUGCGGUGUAAAUACUGAAUGCAAGGUCAUUAAUCACAGUCCAAUAUGCUCGUGUCGCACUCUGUAUACUGGUGAUCCUUUUAGCAGAUGUUACAGAGCACCAGUUAUGGAUGUCGUUCCUAUUGCUACAAAUCCCUGCCUGCCAUCACCAUGUGGACCAUUCUCUCAGUGUCGAGAUAUAGGAGGAUCACCAUCAUGCUCCUGUUUACCCCAAUAUAUGGGCAGUCCACCAAAUUGUCGUCCGGAAUGCACUAUUAAUACGGAUUGUUCUAAUGAGCUAGCUUGCAUUAAUGAGAGAUGUGUCGACCCCUGCCCUGGUUCAUGCGGAGUAAACGCUAAUUGUAGAGUACAGAGCCAUGUAUCUAUUUGCACUUGCUUCGAUGGGUAUAGUGGUGAUCCUUUCCAAAGUUGUUCAUUAAAACCAAAUACAGAACCAGUCGUUACAGAUUUAUGUAGCCCCUCUCCUUGCGGACCAAACGCUCUUUGUUCCGAUGGAGUAUGCACUUGCAUACCGGAAUAUCACGGUGAUCCAUACUUUGAAUGCAGGCCUGAAUGCACCAUAAGUUCUGAAUGUCCACAGGAUAAGGCUUGUGUUAGAAAUCGAUGUGUAAACCCAUGUAUUAAUACAUGUGGCACUAACGCAAACUGUGAAGUAGUAAAUCAUAUGGCAGUUUGCACAUGUCCUGCUAGAACUACUGGCAAUGCAUUUAUUCAGUGCAGCCCUGUCAGAGAAAUGAUUUCUUCCAAUCCUUGUCAACCUAGUCCAUGUGGUCCUCAUAGUCAAUGUAGAGAGUUUAAUGAACAAGCAGUCUGCUCUUGUUUGCUUGGGUUCCGAGGAGCACCACCUUCGUGCCGUCCUGAAUGUGUUGCAAGUUCUGAUUGUCCUCUUGAUAAAGCCUGCAGCAACCAAAAAUGUAUAAAUCCUUGUCAAGGAACAUGUGGUGUAGGAUCCAAAUGUCAAGUAGUCAACCACAACCCUAUUUGUUCGUGCCCAUCAGGGAUGACUGGGGAUCCGUUCACAAGAUGUACUGUUAUUCCUGUUGCCUCACCGCCCGAACCAGUGAAUCCAUGUGUACCAUCACCCUGUGGGUCUAAUUCUAUUUGUCAUCUUACCGGUGAUCAGAUUCCUUCGUGCCAAUGCUUGCCGGAAUUUAUUGGUGACCCACCAAAUUGUCGCCCAGAAUGUGUCGCAAACAGUGAAUGCGCUCCGCAAAUGGCUUGCAUUAAUAAAAAGUGCCAAAACCCUUGCAUACAAGCAUGUGGUAUAAACGCUGAGUGCAAAGUGAUUAGUCAUACGGCUAUUUGUAUUUGUGCUGAAGGCUACACAGGUGACGCGGCGGUGCAGUGUACCCCAACAGCUGUGGCACAGUUUGAACCGAUAUCGCCCUGCACACCAUCACCUUGUGGCUCGAACGCAGAAUGUAGGGAACACGCCGGAGCUGGCGCAUGCGUUUGUGUUACUGGAUACUUUGGCAAUCCAUAUGAAGCGUGUCAUCCGGAAUGCAUGGUAAACUCUGAUUGUCCUAGUAACAAAGCAUGUACAAGAAAUAAGUGUAUAGACCCGUGUCCAGGCACAUGCGCUGUUAAUGCCGAUUGUCAAGUAGUCAAUCAUUCGCCACUAUGUACAUGUCGACAAGGAUAUGUUGGUGACCCUUUCACACAAUGUAUCUACAAAUUAUAUGAAGAGGAACCUGCCACCCCAUGCCAACCAUCUCCUUGUGGUCCAAAUAGCCAAUGUAGAGUAUCAAAUGGCCAAAGUACGUGCUCAUGUUUGCCAGAAUAUCGUGGCUCGCCGCCGAACUGUAGACCAGAAUGUGUCGUGAGUGCUGAAUGCCCCGCAGAUAAAAUCUGUCAAAGUCAAAAAUGUAUCUCUCCAUGCCCAGGACCGUGUGGACGUAACACAGAUUGUAGAGUGAUCAAUCAUAGCCCCAUAUGCACUUGUAAAAAUAGAUACACUGGUGAUCCUUUCUCCAGUUGUUACGUAGUGACAAUUCAAGAACAACCCCCAGAACCUGAAAGAGAUCCGUGUGUACCAUCACCGUGUGGCUCUAAUUCACAAUGUCAGAACUUGCGUGGUAUACCAUCGUGCUCAUGUUUACCCAACUUUGAAGGAAGUCCUCCAAAUUGUAGACCAGAAUGUAGUAUCAAUGAAGAUUGUGCGAGCAAUCUAGCUUGUAUAAAUCAAAAAUGUAAAGACCCAUGUCCAGGUUCUUGUGGAAUUAAUGCAAACUGUCAAGUCAUAAAACAUGUUUCGAUAUGUUCUUGUGCUGAAGGUUUUACUGGUAAUGCCUUUACUCGGUGUGACGUCAUUCCACCUAAAGACAACGAGGAUCCAUGCAAUCCAUCUCCUUGUGGAAGCAAUGCAGAAUGUAACAACGGUCAAUGUAGCUGUAUACCCGAGUUUAUUGGAGAUCCGUACGUUGGAUGUCGACCAGAAUGUGUGCAGAGUUCAGAAUGUGAUCGCAACAAAGCUUGCAUACAAAACAAAUGCCAGGAUCCUUGUCCUGGCACUUGCGCUACAACUGCUGUAUGUAGUGUUGUUAACCACAUACCGAUGUGUAGCUGUCCUGAACGAAUGACAGGCAACGCAUUCGUUGAAUGUAGACUUAUGUUAGAGCCUGUCGUCUCCAACCCGUGCCAGCCAUCUCCGUGUGGUCCAAACAGUCAAUGCAGAGAAGUUAACGGCCAAGCAGCUUGUUCCUGUGCUCCUAAUAACAUCGGAGCUCCACCUGCGUGUAGGCCUGAAUGCACUAUAAGUGCUGAAUGUCCACUGAAUCAGGCUUGUAGCAACCAACGUUGUGUAGAUCCUUGUGUUGGUUCUUGUGGUGUAAACGCAGAGUGUAAAGUAGUAAAUCACAAUCCAAUUUGCACAUGUCCUGUAUCGUAUUCCGGGGAACCAUUCUCGCGAUGCUUUAGACUACCGGAUCGUCUGCCGGAACGAGUAAAUCCUUGUCAACCUUCACCUUGUGGGCCUAACUCGCUUUGUAGGGAAGUAAAUGAAGCCCCAUCUUGUACUUGCUUGGAAGGAUAUCAUGGGCAAGCUCCGUACUGCAGGCCUGAGUGCACUAGUAAUGAAGAGUGUUCGACACAUCUAUCAUGUGUUAACAACAAAUGCAAAAAUCCAUGUGAAGGAGCCUGCGCUAGUAACGCAGAAUGUAAGGUCGUCAGUCAUUCACCUGUUUGCCUUUGUCCAUAUGGGUUUACUGGAGACCCGUUCUUCAAUUGCCAUAAAGAACCCUUGCAAGUUGAACAAAUUACUACCCCUUGUUCACCAUCACCCUGUGGAGCUAAUGCUAUAUGCCAAGAACGAAAUAACGCUGGCUCUUGUACUUGUUCCGAGGGAUAUAUAGGAAACCCGUAUGAAGGCUGUCGACCAGAAUGUGUUGUGAGCACUGAUUGUCCUUCAAAUAAAGCUUGUAUAAGAAACAAAUGCGUCGAUCCUUGUCCGGGUACCUGCGGUACAAAUGCUGAAUGUCAAGUUGUGAACCAUAACCCUCUCUGCACUUGCAUCAACGGAUAUACCGGAGAUCCAUUCAGAUAUUGCGUAUACCAAGCUCCGGCGCCAGUACCCACACCGGUUGAUGUAUGUUACCCGUCACCUUGUGGACCAAACAGCCAAUGUAAAGGGGUUAACAAUCAAGCAAUAUGUUCAUGUUUGCCUGAGUACAUGGGCUCUCCACCAAACUGUCGGCCCGAAUGUGUUGUAAGCUCAGAAUGCUCGCAAGACAAAGCCUGUAUCAAACAAAAAUGUGUUAACCCGUGUCCCGGUCCUUGCGGAACUAAUACUAAUUGCAAAGUUAUAAACCACAGCCCGAUAUGCUCGUGCAAGUCGACUUUCACAGGAGAUCCCUUUACUCUAUGCUCGCCUAUAAAGUACGAGCCCGUACAUGACGUCAGAAAUCCUUGUGCACCAUCUCCGUGUGGGCCUAACUCUGAGUGCAGAGACAUCGGCAAUGGGCCAUCAUGCUCAUGCCUUCCUUCUUUCAUCGGUUCUCCUCCGAACUGCCGACCAGAGUGCACGAUACACGCGGAUUGCCCAAGUGCGGUCGCAUGCAUCAAUUCCAAGUGUCAAGACCCAUGCCCAGGUUCAUGUGGCGUCUCGGCGGUAUGUAGCGUACUAAACCAUAUACCGAUCUGCACAUGCAUCGAAGGUUAUGUUGGUGAUCCAUUUACUAGCUGCAAGCCGAAACCACUGGAAGUUGAGACAACAGUUGUGGAUGCGUGUACAAAUAUAAGAUGUGGUUCCAAUGCAGAAUGUAUAAAUGGCCAGUGUCAAUGUUUACCGGAAUAUCAUGGAGAUCCAUACUUUAAUUGUAGACCAGAAUGUGUCUUUAGUUCCGAUUGCGAUCAAACUAAAGCAUGCGUGCAAAGAAAAUGUGUGGAUCCAUGCAUUGGCGCCUGUGGACAAAAUGCCAUAUGCCAAGUCGUUAAUCAUAUACCAAUGUGCAGUUGCAAUAAUGGUUUUACUGGAAACGCCUUCGUUCUAUGCAAUCCUAUCAGAGAUACACCCACUCAAAGCCCGUGUAGUACUGCAGUCUGUGGACCCAAUAGUCAAUGUCGUGAAAUUAACAACCAGGCUGUGUGUUCGUGUCUGCCUACAUAUUUAGGAAUUCCACCGGCUUGCCGUCCGGAAUGUGUAGUUAAUGCAGAGUGUCCGCAAAACCAAGCUUGUAUGAAACAGAAGUGUGUGAACCCUUGUAUUGGAACGUGUGGCUUGAGGGCCACGUGCGAAGUGGUCAAUCACAAUCCAAUUUGUGCUUGUCCUGCAGCUCAUUCCGGUGAUCCAUUCGUGGAAUGUACUUUUGUCUCAAAUGCUCCACCUUUGGAAAUAAAUCCAUGCCAGCCAUCUCCAUGUGGACCAAACUCUAUUUGUAGAGAAAUAAACGGAAGCCCAUCUUGCACUUGCUUGCCCGAAUUUAAAGGCCAACCACCUUACUGUAAACCAGAGUGUAUAAGUAAUAGUGAGUGUUCGCCGCAAUUGGCUUGUGUAAAUCAAAAGUGUCGAGAUCCAUGCCUUCAAGCUUGCGGAACAAAUGCUGAAUGCCGAGUGGUUAGUCAUUCUGCUAUGUGCGUAUGUCCACAAGGCUAUUUCGGAGAUCCAUUCUCACAAUGCACAAUUCGUAGUGUGAACGAAUUAUUAACUCCAUGCUCUCCAUCACCGUGUGGUCCGAACGCAGUUUGUAGAGAACAAAACAAGGCUGGAUCGUGUGUCUGUAACGAAGGAUACUUUGGAAAUCCGUACGAAGGCUGUCGCCCGGAAUGUGUAAGCAACUCAGACUGUCCUGGAAACCGAGCAUGUAUUAGAAACAAAUGCGAAGACCCUUGCCCUGGGACGUGUGGCAUUAAUGCCGAAUGUACCACAUUACAUCACGCUCCAACUUGCACAUGCUUAGGAGGUUAUACAGGGGAUGCUUUCCGCCGUUGCAACCCUAUUCCACAAAAUGAUGCAGCAAUAGUGAAUAUAUGUAGUCCAAACCCUUGCGGGCCAAAUAGCCAAUGUCGUGAAAUAAAUGGUCAAGCCACUUGCAGCUGUUUACCUAAUUACCUUGGAGAGCCUCCAGCUUGUAAACUAGAGUGCGUUAUGAAUGCGGAUUGUACCACAGACAAAGCAUGCAUAAAUCAAAAGUGUGUGAAUCCUUGUCCUGGACCUUGCGGCCAGAGAGCCGAAUGUAGGGUAUUUAAUCAUAACCCUAUUUGUAGCUGCGGUACUGGUCUCAUUGGUGAUCCAUUUACUAGGUGCUACCCAAAACCAGUGCCCCAGCCUGUUCAGGAUGAAACAAGAGACCCAUGUGUACCAUCGCCAUGUGGAGCCUUUGCAAUUUGCCGUAACUUUGGAGGUCAAGCUUCGUGUUCUUGCUCUCCGGAACACGUUGGUAGUCCACCUAAUUGUCGACCUGAGUGUGUUACCAACCAAGACUGUGUUAGUUCAUUAGCAUGCAUUAAUGAGAAAUGUAAAGACCCUUGCCUUGGCUCGUGCGGACAAAAUGCUCGUUGUUCAGUAAUGAACCAUCUAGCCAUCUGUACCUGUUUCGAAAAUUAUAAGGGAGAUCCAUUUACCGCAUGCGUCGUAGAACCUAUACAAGACUCUCCUGCCGAUUUGUGUAAUCCAUCACCUUGUGGUUCCAAUGCACAAUGUGAUAACGGAGCGUGCUCAUGUCUGCCAGACUAUCAUGGUGACCCAUAUGUUGGUUGUCGCCCAGAAUGUACUGUCAGCACAGAUUGUCAAAGAAAUCAGAUUUGUGUGCGCAAAAAGUGUACGAACCCAUGCCCGGACACUUGCGGUGCCAAUGCUGUAUGUGAAGUUUUCAACCACAUACCAAUGUGUAGUUGCCCUGCGGGUUAUACUGGAAAUUCUUUCGUUUCAUGCAACGUUAUACAAGCGCCUUUGCCUGCGAACCCAUGUAAUCCGAGUCCAUGUGGUCCAAAUAGUCAAUGCCGAGAAAUAAAUAAAGUGGCUGUGUGUUCCUGUAUACCUGGAUAUUCAGGAAAUCCUCCAACUUGUCGACCUGAAUGUACUACAAGCGCUGAAUGUCCACUUAACAAAGCUUGCAACAAUUAUAAAUGCAUCGACCCUUGCAAAGGUGCUUGUGGAGUUGCAGCACUUUGUGAAGUAGUAAAUCAUAAUCCUAUAUGCUCGUGUCCUAGUGAACUUACUGGUGAUCCGUUUACCAGAUGUAUACCUAGAAUACUUGAGGUGCCAUCACUAUUAAAUCCUUGUGUACCAUCACCCUGUGGACCAUACUCUACUUGUCAACCCAUUAACGACUCGCCGUCCUGUAGUUGCUUGCCAGAGUUCACUGGAUCGCCGCCAAACUGCCGACCAGAAUGUUCGAGUAACAGUGAAUGCUCAAACCACUUAGCUUGCAUUAACAACAAGUGCAGUGACCCGUGUGCGGGAGCAUGCGGAUCUAUGGCAGAAUGUCGUGUUGUUAGUCACACUCCCAAUUGUGUUUGUCCUCAAGGAUACUUCGGGGAUCCAUUCGUAUAUUGUAAAGUACAACAUGACAUUACGCCAGUGGAAAGGCCGACACCUUGCACUCCGUCUCCAUGCGGAAGCAAUGCCAUAUGCAAAGAACGCAAUAACGCGGGAUCUUGUGUCUGUUCUUCUGGGUACUUUGGAAAUCCUUACGAAGGUUGCAGGCCAGAAUGUACGGUAAACACAGACUGUCCUUCAAACAAAGUGUGUCAGCAAAAUAAGUGUCAAGAUCCUUGUCCAGGCACUUGUGGCACUAACGCCCAAUGUCAAACAGUGAACCAUGCUCCAAUUUGUACGUGCAAUACUGGAUAUACAGGCAAUCCAUUCCAACGUUGUACCAUCAUACAAAAUAUUGAACCUAUGACAAAUCCUUGUUCGCCAUCACCAUGCGGUCCCAAUAGUGCAUGCAAAGUAGUAAAUGAUCAAGCUGUUUGUACUUGCUUAUCAGAUUACAGAGGCACUCCGCCAAAUUGCAGACCAGAAUGCGUUGUUAGUGCUGAAUGCCCAUCAAAUAAAGCGUGCGUCUCAUUAAAAUGCAUGGAUCCAUGUGUUGGGCAAUGUGGUCUCAAUGCAAACUGCCUUGUAAUCAACCACAGUCCAAUAUGCUCUUGCAAAGACAGAUUUACAGGGGAUCCAUUCAGCAGGUGUUAUCCAGUUGUGAAUACUCCACAAGAUGAACCACCAAAGAACCCUUGUCUACCUUCACCCUGUGGGCCAUUUAGUGAUUGUCGAGAUAUUGGUGGGGUACCAUCUUGCUCCUGCCUUCCCAACUACAUAGGGGCACCACCAGGUUGUCGUCCCGAGUGCAUAAUAAAUGCCGAUUGCUCUAGUAAUUUGGCAUGUAUCAAUCAAAAGUGUAGGGAUCCAUGUCCUGGUUCGUGUGGUAUCAAUGCACAGUGCGUUGUUAAGAACCACAUGCCUAUUUGCACCUGCCUAGACAAUUACGCCGGAGAUGCUUUCACUGAGUGCAAACUUCAGGAAAUAUCCCACGACGAAGUUGAUUUAUGCAAUCCAUCUCCAUGUGGAUCGAAUGCUAUUUGCAACAACGGAGAUUGUUCGUGUCUUCCAGAAUAUCAAGGAGAUCCAUAUUAUGAAUGCCGCCCCGAGUGCGUCCUUAGUUCAGACUGUUCUCAAGACAAAGCAUGCUUACGGAAUAAAUGUGUAAACCCAUGCAAUAGUGGAGUUUGUGCUGCAAACGCAAUUUGUGAAGUGAUAAAUCAUAUUCCAAUGUGCCGUUGUCCGGAACGCAUGACUGGCAACGCAUUUGUUCAGUGUUCACCCGUGCAAGUUGUAAAUACGCAACCUUGUCAACCAAGUCCAUGCGGACCUAAUAGUCAAUGUAGAGAAAUAAAUAAUCAAGCAGUAUGCUCCUGCCUCAGUGGUUACAAGGGCAGUCCACCAUCUUGUAGGCCCGAAUGUACCGUUAGCACGGAUUGCUCGCCUAGUGAAGCCUGCAGCAACAUGAAAUGUGUAAAUCCAUGCCAAGGAUCCUGUGGAGUCGGUGCAAAAUGUCAAGUUAUUAACCAUAAUCCUAUUUGUUCAUGCCCACAAUCGUACACUGGAAAUCCAUUCGUGAGAUGUAUUGUACAAGAAUUUAAUCCAGAACCUACAAAUCCUUGUCUUCCAUCUCCAUGUGGACCAAAUUCAAUCUGUAAAGAAACGUCAGGUGCUCCCUCUUGUUCAUGCAUAAAUGGUUUCGUAGGUUCACCGCCGUAUUGUAAACCAGAAUGUAUUAGUAAUUCCGAAUGUCCUCUCCAAUUUGCUUGUAUAAAUCAAAAGUGUGCAGAUCCUUGUAGUGGUGCAUGUAGUUCAAACACUCAUUGCCACGUAAUAAGCCACUCUCCGUCUUGUUCCUGCAUAGCCGAUUAUACCGGCAAUCCAUUUAUAGAAUGCCAUAGACUUGAAAUCGUUCAAGAAAUAACAUCACCUUGUCAACCAUCUCCUUGCGGAGCAAAUGCCGUCUGCAAAGAAUAUAACGGCGCAGGAUCGUGCACAUGUUUACCUGAUUACUUUGGCAACCCAUAUGAAGGGUGCAAGCCUGAGUGUAUUAUAAACACAGAUUGUCCAUCAAACAAAGCAUGUCUUCAAACUAAAUGUCAAGACCCUUGUCCUGGAGCUUGUGCACCCAACGCAUUGUGUCAAGUGGUAAACCAUGCCCCGUCAUGUACCUGUCAAAGAGGCUAUACAGGCGAUCCGUAUAGAUUCUGUUCUCCUGAACAAGUUUUGGAUAUACCAAUCAAUGUAUGUCAGCCAUCACCCUGCGGACCAAACAGCCGUUGUCAAGAAGUAAACAAGCAAGCGGUAUGCUCUUGUCUACCUGAUUACAUAGGAGUUCCACCGGGAUGUCAUCCAGAAUGUGUUACAAGUGCAGAAUGCUCGAGAGAAAAGGCAUGUAUAAACCAGAAAUGUGAAAAUCCAUGCGUAAAUGCUUGUGGCACAAAUGCAGAAUGCAAAGUUAUUAACCACAGCCCAAUUUGUACAUGCAAGUCUCGAUACACUGGUGACCCCUUUACAAGGUGCAACCCUAUACCGCCACCUGUCGCAAAUUCGGUAUUAGAACCGUACAAGAAUCCGUGCAUUCCGUCUCCAUGCGGUCCUUAUUCGAUAUGUCAAGAAUUGCGAAACGUACCAUCUUGUACAUGUAUGCCGAACUAUAUUGGAAGUCCACCCAAUUGCAGACCAGAGUGUACAAUAAAUGCAGAUUGUCCCACUUCUGAAGCAUGUAUACAACAAAAGUGUCGGGAUCCUUGCCUAGGUUCAUGCGGCGUUAGCGCAUUGUGUACAGUAUCACGACACACUCCUAUUUGCACAUGUCCAGAUGGUUUCACUGGAGAUGCAUUCACGUUAUGUUCUCCUAAACCGAUAGAAGAUGAAGUCAUCGACAAAUGCAAUCCAUCUCCUUGCGGAUCAAAUGCUAUAUGUCAAGACGGUUUAUGUUCAUGUGUAGAGGAGCAUCAAGGAGAUCCUUACGUGGGCUGUAGACCAGAAUGUGUGCUUAGCACGGACUGUCCGCGUGACAAAGCUUGCGUCCGAAACAAAUGUAUCGACCCUUGCACGGGCACAUGUGCUGCUACGGCGGUCUGUGAUGUUAUAAAUCAUGUCCCUAUGUGCAGUUGUCCUCAAGGCAUGACCGGGAAUGCAUUUUAUAGAUGUGAACCUAUUCAAGUGCCUAUUGUGACAAACCCAUGUAUCCCAUCACCUUGUGGACCCAAUAGUCAGUGCAGAGAAAUCAAUGGACAGGCUGUAUGUUCCUGUGUAGCUGGAUACCUUGGAAGUCCGCCACUUUGUAGACCUGAGUGUGUGGUCAGUUCUGACUGUCCACUCAACAGAGCAUGUAGUAAUCAGAAAUGUAUCGAUCCAUGCGUUGGGUCCUGUGGUGUAGAAGCAAAAUGUAAUGUGGUAAAACAUAAUCCUAUCUGUACUUGCCCGACCAAAUACACAGGAGAUCCGUUUAUAAGAUGCGUUCCAUUCAGACCGCCGAGUGCUGAUGUUACUCCUUGCACACCUUCGCCCUGUGGUCCUAAUUCAAUUUGCAAAGAAAUAUCUGGAACACCGUCGUGUACUUGUAUGGCAAACUUCUUCGGAUCACCACCAUAUUGCAGACCUGAAUGUUCUAGCAACAGUGAAUGUCCUUCUAAUCAAGCCUGUAUCAAUCAAAAAUGUAAAGACCCUUGCAUUAGUGCUUGUGGCAUCAACGCUCAAUGUAGAACGAUAAGUCAUUCUCCAAUGUGCUUCUGUGAUAGUGGAUUUACUGGAGACCCAUUCUCUAAUUGUUAUCAGCAACCUAUUUAUCCUGAAAAACCUACACCAUGUGAACCAUCACCUUGCGGACCUAACGCUGAGUGCAGAGAACAUAACGCAGCUGGUUCUUGUAUUUGCCUACCUGAUUAUAUUGGCAAUCCUUACGAAGGUUGUAGGCCAGAAUGUACUGUCAAUACGGACUGCAUACCAAGUAAAUCAUGUAUUCGCAAUAAAUGUCAGGAUCCUUGCCCGGGAACAUGUGGUCCAUUGGCAAUGUGUACUGUUGUAAACCAUCUUCCAUCAUGUAGCUGCCCAAGUGGCUACAGUGGAGAUCCUUACGUCAGAUGCGAUAUCUUAAGAGAACCAGUUCCAGACAUCACAACACCCUGUGUACCCAAUCCAUGUGGCCCGAAUAGUAUUUGUCGACCCGUCAAUGGCCAAAGCGUAUGUUCCUGUAUGCCAAAUUACAUCGGUGCUCCACCCGGUUGUAGACCAGAGUGUACAGUUAGUUCAGAAUGCUCGAAAGAAAAAGCUUGCAUUAACCAAAAAUGUUCUGAUCCCUGCCCUGGUCAUUGUGGAUUGAAUACAGUUUGCAGAGUGAUAAAUCAUAGUCCAAUUUGCUCUUGCAAUCCAGAUUUCAUAGGCGAUCCGUUCACUCGUUGUUAUUCGAAACCACCUAUCCAACAUCUUCCGGAACCUCUUGGGAACCCUUGCGUACCCAACCCUUGUGGUGAAAAUGCUGUUUGUCGCAACAAUAAUGGGGCUCCGUCGUGCACAUGCUUGCCUGAAUAUCUGGGACUUCCACCAAAUUGUCGACCAGAAUGCGCUAUAAAUCAAGACUGUCCUUCAGACAAAGCAUGUAUCAAUCUGAAAUGCCGUGACCCUUGUCCCGGUAGUUGCGGUCUGAAUGCAAUAUGUUCAGUAUUCUCACAUGUUCCGGCAUGCACUUGUAGUCAAGGGUUUACAGGCGAUCCGUUCACUUCUUGUAUCAUAGCUCCGCCAUUGAAAGAUGAAACCCCAACAGACCCUUGCAAUCCUUCACCAUGUGGAUAUAAUGCUGAAUGCAGAGAUGGGGUUUGUACCUGCUUAAAGGAUUAUCAGGGCGAUCCAUAUUUUGGCUGCAAACCAGAAUGUUUAACAAGCAUGGAUUGUCCAUUAGACAAAGUUUGCUCCGGAAAUAAAUGUAUAAAUCCAUGCCCUGGAACGUGUGCCUCUAGCGCGCAAUGUAAUGUUUACAAUCAUAUUCCAAUAUGCACAUGCCCCGAAGGAACUACAGGAAACGCAUUUGUAGAAUGUCAUGCAUAUGAAGUUAUGCAUGCUGAACCCUGCAAUCCGAACCCGUGCGGCCCGAACAGCCAGUGCCGAGCAAUAAAUAACCAAGCUGUGUGCUCAUGCCUACCGACGUAUAUUGGAACUCCUCCUUCGUGCCGACCGGAAUGUACUAUCAGUGCAGAGUGUCCUCUAAACGAAGCAUGUAAUAACCACAAGUGCAUAAAUCCUUGCGUCGGUAGCUGUGGUUACGGAGCAAAGUGUGAAGUAGUCAAUCAUAAUCCGAUAUGUUCAUGUCCACCACAAUAUACUGGAGAUCCAUUUACGCGUUGCAAUCCUUUAGUUGCUACUCCACUGCCACCAGUUGAUCCCUGUACACCGUCGCCUUGUGGUCCUUACUCAGUGUGCAAAGUGAUUGGGGAAUCGCCGUCGUGCACGUGCCAAUCCGAAUAUAUCGGCGGCCCGCCUAAUUGUCGACCAGAAUGCAUCAGUAACUCUGAAUGUCCAAGCAAUCUAGCAUGUGUCAACCAAAAGUGCAGAGAUCCCUGCCCAGGAAGCUGUGGUUAUAAUGCGGACUGCAAAGUUAUUAGUCAUGCAUUAGUAUGUUCUUGUCCAUUUGGUCAAACUGGUGAUCCAUUGAUAUCAUGUUCCCCAGUCAAAGAUACUAAAAUCGAAUAUAACUCUCCUUGCGAACCAUCACCAUGUGGGCUCAAUGCCGAGUGCACGGAAAGGAAUGGUGCCGGCGCUUGUAGAUGUCUUGAUACGUAUGUCGGCAACCCAUACGAGGGCUGUCGUCCUGAAUGUGUUAUUAACACUGACUGCCCUCCAAUGCUGGCUUGCAUUCAAAACAAAUGCAAAGACCCCUGUCCAGGCAUCUGUGCGCCAAAUGGAAUCUGUCAAGUUGUUAACCAUUUACCUUCAUGCUACUGCCCACCUGGAUUAACAGGGAAUGCUUACGUCAAUUGUGUUGAAAUUGUGGAAGAUGUCGUGAAACCAACACCUUGUACGCCAUCGCCUUGCGGACCUAAUAGUCAGUGCAGAGAAGUAAACACACAAGCUGUAUGUAGUUGUCAGCUUGAUUUUAUGGGAACACCACCGAACUGCCGACCAGAGUGCACUAUAAACAGUGAAUGUAGUAGUGAUAAAGCCUGCGUAAACCGCAAAUGUGUAGACCCAUGCGCCGGUCAAUGCGCUAGAAAUGCGAACUGCAGAGUCAUAGCUCACAACCCUAUUUGUUCAUGCCAAGAUCGGUUUACCGGCGAUCCGUUUACAAACUGCGUACCCAUGCCGCAAUCAAUACCGGGAACACGGCCGGAAGUCAACCCGUGUGUACCAUCUCCAUGUGGUCCAAAUUCACAAUGUCAAGAGUUUAAUGGCAAUGCGCGCUGCACUUGUCUUCCAAAUUACAUAAGUUCUCCACCGCGAUGCAGACCCGAGUGCACCAUCAACUCUGAGUGUAACGCUGUCAAGGCGUGUAUCAACAACAAAUGCACUGAUCCGUGCCCCGGCGCGUGUGGCAACAAUGCGCAGUGUAACGUCAAUAAUCACUUGCCAAUAUGUUCUUGCUUGCCUGGCUUUACUGGAGAUCCAUUCAGCAGCUGUGCAAUCAUGAAUCAAGACAUUGAACCAGUAAACCCAUGUGUACCAUCGCCAUGCGGCACCAACGCUGUUUGUGAAAAUGGUGCUUGCUCUUGUCUGCCAGAAUACUAUGGCGACCCUUAUGUGGGAUGUAAACCUGAAUGUGUCCUCAACUCAGACUGCUCAAGAGAUAAAGCCUGCAUUAAAAACAAAUGCAAAGACCCAUGUCUUGGAACGUGUGGAAUUGGAGCUAUUUGUGAAACUAUCAACCAUAUCCCAAUGUGUUCAUGUCCGGCAGGAUUUUCAGGAUCACCAUUCCACUUCUGCAAUGAAGUUAAAGAACCAGCAACGCCAAUUAAUUUAUGUCAACCAUCACCAUGCGGUCCAUACAGUCAGUGCAGAGAAGUAAGCGGACAUGCUGUUUGUGUCUGUGUGCAAGGAUACAUAGGCAGCCCACCUAACUGUCGGCCGGAAUGCACAGUUAGCUCAGAUUGUAAACUAAACCAGGCUUGUUCGAAUCAAAAGUGCAUCGACCCUUGUCCAGGCGCCUGCGGACGUAACACACACUGCAUAGUUGUCAAUCAUAACCCUGUCUGUACUUGCUUAAACGGUUACUCUGGAGAUCCAUUUUCUUCUUGUCAAAUAAUCCCUGCAAAAACACCAGAAAAAGUUAAUCCGUGUCUACCUUCACCCUGUGGACCCAACUCUCAAUGUACAGAAAAUGGAGAUAAUGCGGAUUGCCGCUGCUUGCCAGAGUACAUAGGUGCACCGCCAAAUUGUAGACCAGAAUGUACUAGUAACACCGAAUGUACAGCAAAUAUGGCUUGUAUAAACAGAAAGUGUCAAGAUCCCUGUCGCGGUGCAUGCGGUAGUAACGCCGAGUGUAGAGUCGUUAGUCAUACCCCGAUUUGCUUAUGUCAGAAUGGCUUCACGGGCGACCCAUUCCUCUACUGCAAUGUCAUAAUCGCUGCUGUCGAACACGAACGCCCUACGCCUUGCGUUCCUUCGCCGUGUGGUGCAAACGCACAAUGUCGAGAGCAAAACAAUGCCGGAUCUUGCACUUGCCUACCCGGAUACUUCGGCAACCCCUACGAAGCUUGCAAGCCAGAAUGCCUAAUCAACUCUGAUUGUCCAUCAAAUAUGGCAUGUUAUCAGAACAAAUGCCAUGACCCCUGUCCGGGCACUUGUGGCGUAAAUGCUCAGUGCAACGUCAUCAAUCACAUUCCAACUUGUUCUUGCGCUGAGCAACACUACGGGGAUCCGUACAAAAUCUGUACCUUCAAAGUUCAAUCUGAUCCCAUAGAGCCUUGCAAUCCCUCACCGUGUGGCCCGAACAGCCAAUGCAAAACACAAAAUGGAAUUGCUUUAUGUACGUGUUUGAGUGGUUAUCAAGGAUCUCCACCCGAUUGUCGCCCUGAGUGCGUAACUAGUUCGGAAUGCCCAUUAGACAAAGUUUGUGAAAACUUUAAAUGUGUAUCUCCAUGUGACAAGGCAUGCGGCUUACAGACUGAAUGUAGAGUGAUCAAACACAAUCCAAUAUGUUCUUGUAAACAAGGCUACACUGGCGACCCGUUCUCAGUCUGCUAUGUUAUUCCUGAAAAACAACCGUCUCCACCGGAACCAACCAACCCAUGCAUUCCUUCACCCUGUGGAUUAAAUGCUGAAUGUCGCGAUGUCGGUGGAAUACCGUCUUGCUCAUGCACAGUGGGAUUCUUCGGAAGUCCCCCGAACUGCAAACCUGAAUGCGUAGUCAACACAGAUUGUAGUAACGAUAAGUCUUGUAUGAACAUGAAAUGUCAGAAUCCUUGUCUUGGAUCAUGUGGUCUAAACGCAAUUUGUAACGUUGUUAAUCAUAUACCAAUAUGUUCAUGUCCUAAUGGAUACGAAGGUGAUCCUUUCGCAGUAUGCAACGUCAAACCACCAGAAACACCAGAAAACGUUGAUCCUUGCCAUCCUUCUCCAUGUGGACCUAAUGCUGUUUGUAACAAUGGCGAGUGCCAAUGUUUGCCAGAAUAUCAAGGAGACCCAUACUUCGGUUGUCGGCCGGAGUGUGUUCUUAGUACAGAUUGUGCUCCGGAUAAAGCGUGCCUUAGAUCAAAAUGUGUAGAUCCAUGUCGCGAUAUGUGCGGAUUCAACGCAGAAUGCAAUGUUUAUAACCAUGUUGCAAUCUGCAGUUGCCCAAGUGGAAUGACAGGUGACGCAUUUACAAAGUGUGUCCGCAUCGAAAAGCCUGUCAACAGACCAUGUGAGCCAUCACCAUGCGGACCAAACAGUUUAUGUAGAGAAGCAAAUGGUCAAGCUAUUUGUGCCUGUCUCCAAGGCUUUAUUGGCAACCCACCUAACUGUCGUCCAGAAUGUAUACAAAGUACCGAUUGUGCUCCAUCACUGGCAUGUAUCAAUCGAAAAUGCCAAGAUCCUUGCCCAGGAUCAUGCGGCCAUAAUGCAUUAUGUAACGUUAACAAUCAUAAUCCAAUAUGCACAUGUCCAGCUAGAUACACCGGUUCUCCAUUUAGUCAUUGUUAUGUUUUGGUAAUUGAAGAAAAGCCCUCUAAUCCUUGCGUGCCAUCACCUUGUGGACCAAACAGUAUAUGCAAUCCGACUCCUAACGGCGACUCGUAUGUUUGCACAUGUCAACCAACAUUUGAAGGAACACCGCCGCAAUGUCGAAGAGAGUGUACUACAAGCGAUGAGUGUCCGUCAAACAAAGCUUGUAUUAACUACAAGUGCAGUGAUCCCUGUCCUGGAUCAUGUGGAACGAAUACACAAUGUGCUGUACGUUUGCACAGCCCCAUGUGCUCAUGCGAGGAAGGGUACACCGGCGAUCCUUUCACAGCUUGUUAUCUAAUUCCACAAGCGAUAGAAAAAAUUGAUCCUUGUAAUCCUACACCAUGUGGGGCUAAUGCUCAAUGCAAAGUUUCAAGAAACAGCGUUGCAGCGUGCAUUUGUGAACCUGGAUAUUUCGGAAAUCCCUACGAGUCUUGCAGACCAGAAUGCGUAGUGAAUACUGACUGUCCUUAUAAUAAGGCAUGUCUGAGAAACAAAUGUGAAGACCCUUGUCCCGGGGUAUGCGGGUCUACAGCAUUGUGCCAAGUAAUCAAUCAUGUUCCAUCAUGCAAUUGCGCACCUGGAUACACUGGUAACCCGUACACCUAUUGUCAUGUCAUCAUAAAUGAACCGACUCCUGUUCCUCAAAAUCCUUGCGUGCCAAAUCCAUGCGGCAGUAAUGCCCUUUGCAAGGACAAUAAUGGUUUAGCAAUAUGUUCGUGUAUGCCAGAGUUUUACGGAUCUCCGCCAAACUGCCGACCUGAGUGCACAGUUAACUCGGAAUGCGACACUUCCAAGAGUUGUGUAAGGCAAAGAUGUGUUGACCCAUGUAUUGGUUCGUGUGGUCAAGAAGCAGAAUGCAGAGUUGUAAACCAUGCACCAAUAUGUUCCUGUAAAAGAGGAUUUGAAGGAGAUCCAUUUGUUAGAUGUGCUAUUGUGAAAGAAGUCCCAGUUCAACAUCAAAAUCCGUGUGUACCAUCGCCUUGCGGACCAAAUUCGCAAUGCCAAAUCGUAAACCAAGUAUCAUCAUGUGCUUGUCUGGAUAACUACGUUGGCUCUCCACCGAACUGUCGAGCAGAAUGUACAGUUAACUCUGACUGCCCGAGCACCAAAGCUUGCAUUAACCAGAAAUGUCGCGAUCCAUGCCAGGGCUCAUGUGGAUUACAUACUGAGUGUCAAGUCUAUCAGCAUGCUGCUAUUUGCAGUUGCAUGGAGGGAUACACUGGCAAUCCAUUCCAAAGUUGUCAUGUAAAGGAGAAAAUUGAUCCCGUGCCUACUGUUUACGACAAGUGCAAUCCAAGUCCUUGCGGAGCAAACGCUGAUUGUAAUGACGGCCAGUGCACAUGUAGGCCCGACUACUUCGGAAAUCCUUACUUGAGUUGUCGUCCAGAAUGCACACACAAUUCUGACUGUCCUUCUACAGUAACAUGUGUGAACAACAAAUGUAUUAAUCCGUGCACAAAUCUAUGCGGACAGGGUGCAUUAUGUGAAGUAUAUAAUCACAUACCGAUGUGUAGUUGUCCAUCAAAUACUACAGGAAACGCUUUCUUCUCAUGUACACCAGUAACAGCAAUCUCAGUAAGUCGAGAUCCAUGCCACCCGUCCCCAUGCGGCCCGUAUAGCGUAUGUCGAGCAAUGCAAGAACAAGCCGUAUGUUCGUGUCUUAUUGGCUAUAUUGGAGUACCUCCAUCUUGUAGACCCGAAUGUUUGGUAGAUUCAGAUUGCACAAGUCUCAUGUCAUGUUCAAAUCAAAAGUGCGCCGACCCCUGCAUUGGUUCUUGCGGAUUGAACGCAGAAUGUCGAGUACACUACCACAAGCCCAUUUGUUACUGCAGAAAUGGUUUCACUGGUGAUCCAUUUACUCACUGCGUAAUCAUUCAAAAUGAACCACCACCAAAGCGAACACCCUGUGAACCCUCACCGUGUGGUCCCAAUUCUGAAUGCCGAGAAGUAAACGAAGCACCCACGUGUUCCUGCCAACCUGGUUACAUAGGGCAAGCACCAUAUUGCCGUCCAGAGUGCACUACAAACAGUGAAUGCAACUUUGAUAAGGCUUGCAUAAAUAACAAAUGUGCUGAUCCGUGCAUUGGUGCUUGCGGUCUGAACACGGAAUGUAGAGUUAUCAGUCAUUCGCCACAAUGUGCAUGUCAACCAGGAUAUGAAGGAGACUCUUUCUAUCAGUGUACUCCUGUCAAAGUUCCAGCUCAAAAGCCACCACCACCUACUGAACCUUGUGUGCCUAACCCAUGCGGGCCGAACGCUGUCUGUCAAGAGCGUAACAAUGCUGGUAGUUGUACUUGUGUAACGGGAUAUUUAGGUAACCCUUAUGAAGGGUGCAGACCAGAAUGUGUCAUCAACUCGGACUGCACAGACAAUUUAGCAUGUAUCAAUAACAAAUGUCAAGAUCCUUGUCCUGGUCUAUGUGGAACGAAUGCACAAUGUCAAAUGGUUAAUCAUAUUCCCAAAUGUGCAUGCACGUUGGGAUAUGUAGGUAACCCAUAUGAUAGAUGUAUUCCUAAACAAGAGUCACCUACUGAUCCAUGCAAUCCGUCACCAUGUGGUCCAUACAGUACUUGCACUGCUGCUGCCAAUAAAGCAAUAUGUACUUGUCUUACGGACCAUAUUGGCAACCCACCAAAUUGUAGACCGGAAUGUAUGUUGAGCUCGGAGUGUCCUCUCAAUAAAGCUUGCGUCAAGCAGAGAUGCGUGGAUCCAUGCAUCGGUGCCUGCGGAGAUAAUGCCCAAUGCCGCGUCUAUCACCAUAGUCCAUACUGUACAUGUCUACCUGGUUUUGAAGGUGAUGCCUUCAUCAGGUGUUCAAAAGAAAAACAGACACCGCCACAAAUAAAGUCUCCCUGCGAACCCAAUCCUUGUGGGCCAUUUGCUACAUGUAGGGACUCCGCUGGUUCCGCCAUCUGUAGUUGUAUGGAAGGAUACUUCGGAGCACCACCACGAUGUGCGCCAGAAUGCGCUAUCAACGAAGACUGUCCAAAUGAUAAAGCCUGUGUCCGGGAGAGAUGUGUUGAUCCUUGCAUUGGAUCCUGUGGUUCCAAUACAGAAUGCCGAGCUAUGAACCAUCUGGCUAUUUGCACAUGUUUGCGAGGCUAUCGCGGUAACUCUUUUGUUGGAUGCUAUCUAUUUGAUGAGCCGCAGCCACUGCCAGUAGACCCUUGCGCAGGCAAUCCUUGCGGAAGUAACGCUAUCUGUAGCAACGGUACUUGUUCAUGUAUUCCGGGAUACCACGGCAAUCCCACAAUAGAGUGUCGUCCCGAAUGUACUACUGAUAAUGAUUGCAACAAACGUCAAGCCUGCGUAAACUACAAAUGUAUAGAUCCGUGCAAAAACACGUGUGGUCGCCAAGCAAUCUGCAACGUCUACAAUCACAUAGCCAUAUGCGAAUGUCCAGCUCCGCUUCAAGGAGAUGCUUUCAUAGCCUGUCAGCCAGCCAGAGAACCUGUGGAGUCGGAUCCAUGUUCGCCGAAUCCAUGUGGUCCAAACAGCGUGUGUCGUGCGCAAGGUUCAGUGGCACAUUGCUCGUGUCGGCCGCCCAUGCACUCCGAGCCGCCUAGUUGCCGACCGGAAUGUCGCAGCUCAGCCGACUGCCCGACUGUGCUAGCGUGCCGAGCUGGCAAGUGCCGUGACCCUUGCCCUGGAGCGUGCGGAGCCCACGCCGUUUGUCGAACAACCAUGCAUUCGCCAAUUUGUACUUGUCCUACUGGCUAUACUGGGGAUCCAUUUAUUCGCUGUAUGCCAGCCCUCGAGACCGAACCCAAAAAGAAAUCACCCUGCCCGGAUUGUGGGCCGAAUGCCGAUUGCAUUGAUGGCCUCUGUCGCUGCCGUUCAAGUUUCUUCGGAUCGCCACCAUUCUGUCGUUACGAGUGUCUGGAUUCUAAUGAUUGCGAAUUGCAUUUGACGUGCAUUAACAGACGUUGCGUAGAUCCCUGUCCCGGAGCAUGCGGCCAGGGAGCCGAUUGUGCCCCAGUAGCUCAUGAGCCACGCUGCACUUGUCCUCCCUCCACUACCGGAAAUCCUCUUACGGCGUGCCGUCCCAUCGAAAAUAUUCCUAAAGAACCAAACGAUCCCUGUGUACCAUCACCUUGUGGACCGGGUGCGUUGUGUCGAGUAAGAGGAGCAGGUGCUUCUUGUGAAUGCGAGCCUGGACUACGUGGAGAUCCUAACUCUGGCUGUCGACCUGAAUGUGUUGCUGACUCGGAUUGCUCACCGUCAAAAGCUUGUAUACGCUCUCACUGCCGAGACCCCUGCCAGGGUACUUGCGGUGUAGGUGCUGAUUGCGAAACUGUCAAUCACAUACCAUUGUGUUCGUGCCCCACUGGAACUAGAGGAAACGCUUUUGAAAGAUGCUACACGGAAGUAACCCAACCACCCUGUACUCCGUCACCGUGCGGGCCCGGAGCCUUGUGCUCCGUAGUAGGAGACAGCGCUAUGUGCACAUGUCCGAGCGGCACGAGUGGUGAUGCGGCCACGACAGGCUGUAGGCCCGAGUGUGUGGUCAGCUCAGAGUGCCCGCGGGACCGCGCCUGCGUACGUAACAAGUGCAUUGAUCCCUGCCCUGGUACAUGUGGCAAUGGAGCUAUGUGUCGCGUCUUUAAUCAUGCACCCAUCUGCUGGUGCCCACCGCCUACAACUGGCGAUCCAUUCAUCGAUUGUAUAGAAACACCAGCCAAGCCCAACGAUCCUUGUGAUCCCAACCCUUGUGGGGCCCACGCCACCUGCCGGAAUGGAAUUUGCACGUAUUACGAAUGUACUGUGAACGAUGACUGCUCUGGUGACCGUGCAUGUAUCAACAGAAAGUGCACUGAUCCGUGCGUGAACGCAUGUGGACUCAACGCAAUAUGCACGGGUGUGAGACACUCACCAGUAUGUUCGUGCCCUGCGGGAUACACCGGCUCGCCUCUGGUGCGCUGCGUCAUGAUCUCGUCGAUAACGCCAGUGCCCGAGUGCAUAUCGGAUAAUCAGUGUCCAGACAACGCUGCUUGUGUGAAUGAUCGUUGCUCUCCACUUUGCGGCCCUAACAACUGUGGACUCAAUGCACGCUGCAUAGCCAAACAACACAGAGCCCUUUGCACUUGCCUACCAGGUUAUGAAGGCAAUGGCUACACUGGAUGUUACUCAGUGCAAUGCCAUAGCAACAACGAUUGUCCAGAUGACGAAAGCUGUGAAAGUGGUUCAUGUGUGAAGGUGUGCUUGCGCAUUCGCUGCGGCGACGAGGCGCAUUGUGUUGCGCGUGGUCACACUGCUUCAUGUGAAUGUAAUGCCGGAGCCCACGGCGACCCAUGGACGGGUUGUCGCCGAGCUGAGUGUAUUGUUGAUGACGAUUGCUCCUCAUGGCUGGCUUGCUCUCGCGGUUCUUGCAGAGACCCAUGCCUUGGCGCAUGUGCUCAAGGAGCAAUCUGUACCGUAGUUCGCCAUGUACCUUCGUGUGAGUGCCCGAGGGGCACUCAGGGCAACCCCAAAAUCGAAUGUCGUCAAGUUUUAGAACCAGGCCAAUGUGUAAUGGAUGGAGAAUGUGGACCCGACCUAGCAUGUUUGCAAGGCGUAUGCAAGAACCCCUGUGAACCAACAUCUUGUGGCAUUCGUGCGGAAUGUAGAGUUGCAAACACAUUACCAUUCAGAACACUUGUUUGCGAGUGCCCUAAGCCUCUCGUUGGUGAUGCUUCGGUACAAUGUAAUCCAAGGGGCGAAUGCAGUUCGGACAGUGACUGUGCUUCAGAAGAACAUUGCGUUAACCGCGCGUGUGUGAGCGCUUGCUCCGACAUCAGCUGCGCGCCCGGCGCCGAGUGCCGCGCCAGCGCGCACCGCGCCACAUGCGCCUGCGUGCCACCGCUGCAGGGCAACCCCCAGAUAGGCUGCACGCUUGAUUCACCAGGUGUGCCGUGCACAUCGGAUGCAGAAUGCGGAGGAGCUGAGGCGUGCGUGUCGCGCCGCUGCGUGUCAGCGUGCGCCGGCGCAUGCGGCACCGGCGCUCUGUGCGACGCGGCGCAACAUCGCGCGCGCUGCCACUGCCCGCCAGGCACUGCCGGCGACCCCUCGCGCAUCUGCUACACACCUGAAUGUACAUCAGACGACAACUGUCCAUUUGAUAAGAGCUGCGUCAACGGAUAUUGCCAAGACCCAUGUACGCUCGGUACGCCCUGUGGAAGAGAUGCAAACUGCGUGCCGGUUGCUCAUAUUGCCAGCUGCCGCUGCCCACCGGGCACUCAAGGAGACCCACGCCGAGCCUGCGUUUCAGCAGUUUGUCACUACAAUGAAGACUGCGAUGACACCCAAGUUUGCAACAGACUCAACCGAGUAUGCCAGCCAGCCUGUUCCGACCAAUCGUGCGCUCCCGGCGCUCUAUGUACGACGCGUAACCACCGCGCUAUAUGUACUUGCCCUGCAGGUCGUACUGGAGACCCGUACAGCCUCGGAUGCACUCCUCAACAUGAUGCCACAGAAUGUAACACUGAUUCCGAUUGUUCAGCACCAUUUGCUUGCGUGAAUGCACGUUGCACUGACCUUUGCCUCGGAAAUCCCUGCGACUCUGGUCUAAUUUGUAAGAUCGUCGAUGUGCUACCAUUACGUGCUGUGGCUUGUGUCUGUCCCGAUGGCGGACGCGUAGCACCCGAUAACGGUUGUAGAGCUCCACCUGAUCCGGAAUGUUCAGUCGAUUCUGAAUGCACCAACAGUCAAACCUGCCGUCGUGGAAGUUGUGUCGAAUCUUGUAGAGCUGAUCCUUGUGGACAGAAUGCUCUUUGUGAUUCUAUCGACCAUACAUCUCACUGUAGGUGUGCGCCGGGAUACACUGGCAACCCGAGAACAGAGUGUAACACCAUACCACGGCAGCCGACUUUCUUUGAAUGUUACAAUGAUGACGAGUGUGGUUCAGAACGAGCCUGUGUCGACCGUGCUUGCGUGAACCCAUGCAAUGACGCAUGUGGACUCGGAGCGUUAUGCCGAGUUAUAAAUCAUUUACCACAAUGCUCUUGCCCGAGAGGAUAUUCUGGCGAUGCACAUACUCGAUGCACCCCACCAUCAGACAAAUCGAUUAUCCCAGUUGGCUGCAAAGCUAACUCUGACUGUCCUCUAUCACAAGCAUGUGUCAAUGGCGCAUGCGCAGAUCCAUGCGCAUGUGGAUCUAACGCCGAGUGUACCGUAGUGAGACACCAUCCUGUUUGCUUCUGCGAGCGAGAAUAUUCAGGCAAUCCAUAUGUCGGGUGCACUAAAGUUGGAUGUACCUCAGAUUCAGAUUGUCCCGACAGUGAUACCUGCUACAACGGAGCUUGCGUUAAUCCAUGCGUUGUGGAUGCGCCUUGCGCUAUCAGCGCGGAAUGCUUCGGUAAAGCACAUCGACCUAACUGUCGCUGUCCUGCGGGCUCAACAGGAAAUCCGUAUACUAGAUGUCAAGCUGCUGAAUGUGAGGUUGACAAUGACUGUAACGACGACAGUGUUUGCGUGAGGGGUUCUUGUCGUAACGCUUGCUCAAGCGAUGGACGCAACCCGUGUGCCAACAACGCUGAAUGCUUUGCACGGAAUCAUGCCGCCUCUUGCAAGUGUCCGACAGCAUUACCCCUUGGAGAUCCUCUAGUCUAUUGCUCGAGAAUUGAUGUAAUUGGAAAACCAGAAUGUCGCAUGGAUAGCGAAUGUCCCAGUGGCUAUGCUUGUUUAAGGGAUGAAUGUCGCGAAGCUUGCAAUGAAUUGAAACCUUGCACUGGCAACGCUCGUUGUACCGUUUCUGACAGCGUUCCAUUCCGAACCUUGAUAUGUCGCUGUCCUGAUGGGUACAUUCCUGAAGAAGGAGGAAAUUGUAAACCAGCACAACUACCCGCGCUAAGCUGCUCUUCUGAUCAAGACUGCGGUGACCACGAAUCAUGUGUUAAUAGAAUUUGCCGUAACCCAUGUAAUUGCGGAGAAAACGCGGAAUGUUUCAUACGAAAUCACAGGCCUAUUUGUUCUUGUCGCGAAGGAUUUGAAGGAGAUCCAUAUCGCAGAUGCCAUAUAGUUGGCUGCCGCAGCAACUCAGAGUGUCCUUCACACCAAGCAUGUAUUAAUGGCAACUGCAUCAGCCCAUGCCUCUUAAAUAGCACGUGUGGUCCUAAUGCCGAAUGUUACGUAGAAAGGAAUUUACCUAUGUGCAGAUGCCGUCCAGGAUUCGAAGGUGAUGUUUAUCUGGGAUGUAAUGCAAUAGAAUGCAGGAGUAAUGGUGAUUGCCCACAGGACAAACAAUGUCGUGCUCACAGGUGCGUGAAUCCAUGUCUUAGUGAACAUAUAUGUGGAACUAGAGCGACAUGCUUGGUGAGAAAUCAUAUCGCUGUCUGCAAAUGUGAACAUGGCUAUACUGGAAGCCCAUAUAUCGAAUGUAAGCCCCAAAUAACAGCUGAGUGCUACGUAGACGCCGAUUGUCCUUCAAGACUAGCAUGUUUAUCAUCUAGAUGCGUUAAUCCUUGCUCAGAAUUACGUCCCUGCGCCAUUCCAGCACAGUGUGAAGUGUCACCAACUCUACCAGUACGCACAAUGCUCUGCACAUGUCCGCCAAGAUACGUGAGCAGUGGCGGAGGAGUUUGUCGUCCAGCAACAACAACUAUUGAAGAUGUAAUUUGUACCACUGAUGAUAACUGCACAACCAACAAUGCUUGUAUAACAUCCUUCUGUAAAAAUCCUUGCGAAUGCGGCCCUAAUUCAGAUUGUCAGAUUAAAGACCACAAACCUGUCUGCGCUUGCCAACCCGGUUUUAUAGGUGAUGCUCGAACCGGGUGCUACAAAGUUCUAUGCCAAUCUGAUUCACAAUGUGCAGAUGACGAAACAUGCUUCAACAGCCGUUGUAUACCAGCCUGUUCGGUUGAUUCCAACACGUGUGGAGACUCAGCUGAAUGUUACGGCAACGAACAUCGCGCUUCAUGUAGGUGCAAGAUUGGAACCAUAGGAAAUCCAUCGAUUGCGUGCACACCUAUAGGUUGCCGCGCAGACUCCGACUGUCCAAUAGACAAAUCAUGUAUCAAUUCUAAAUGUGUUAACCCUUGCAAUGCAACCACUUGCAACGAACCUGCCGAAUGCAGAGUACAUAAUCACGAAGUACAUUGUGUUUGUCCACCUGGCUACCAAAGUACUGAAGAUGGAUGCUUGAGUACCAGACAGCCACAGUGCAACACUGAUAUUGACUGUCCCUCUGGAACUGCAUGCUUGAAUGCUAAGUGUGUUAACCCUUGUCUGGAAAUAAAGCCUUGUGGUACUAAUGCUGAGUGCAAGGUCGUUGACACAUUGCCCGUCAGGACAAUGAUCUGUGAAUGUGUGCCUGGAUACAAAGGAAAUGCUCUUGUUGAGUGUACAUCCAAUAAACGACCAAUCACAGAAUGCAUACAAGGGCAAGGUAUAGAUAGUAAUGGCGAUUGUGUACCAUGCCGAGAGGAGGAAGGGCGAGUGCUGGAUGCUCGCGGGCGCUGCGUGUGCGACGCAACGCGCGGCUACGUGCCACGUGGCGACAAGUGCGAGCCGCGAGGCUGCCGCGCUGAUGCCCAAUGUGAAGACCGAGAGCGCUGUAUCAAUGGCACGUGCGUGGACGCUUGCCGCGCUGAGCCGUGCGGCACAUCGGCCACCUGCGACGCCGUCGGCCACCGCUCGCACUGCACGUGCAUCGCCGGCUACACCGGCAACCCACGCGUUCACUGCAACACUACCAACCCGCCAGUGUACCGAACCGAUUUCCCUCUGCCCGAUAUGCAGGUCCAUUGCCUUGCGGACGGCGUACGUGUCAGUUUGAAGAUUAAAGACUUUAAUGGCGUAUUGUAUGUAAAGAGCUACAGCAAGGACGAACGCUGUCGAUUAGCAGUGGAUACGCCCAAGGAUGAAGAGACUAUUGUCGACUUCACGGUACAUUUCGGCGAGUGUGGUUUAGUUCACGUCAAUGGUCUGGCCAGCUUCGUCCUUGUAAUGCAGAAACAUCCAAAACUAGUUACUUCGAACGCAAAGGCGUUCCACAUAAAAUGUAUAUACCAGACGGGCGAACAGAACGUGACACUUGCGUUCAAUGUGUCGAUGCUGACGACAGCCGGCACCAUCGCCAACACCGGACCGCCGCCCACGUGCUCCAUGAGGAUCGUCUCUCGCUCCGGCAGUCAAGUCAGCUCCGCAGAAAUCGGAGAGAACCUAGUCUUACAAGUCGAUGUUCAACCCUCAAAUAUUUACGGUGGAUUCGCGCGUAGCUGCAUAGCAAAAACAAGCGAAGUUGCCACGAACGUCGAAAACGAAUACCCGGUGACAGACGCCGAUGGAUGUGCUACGGAUCCAUCUAUAUUCGGUGAAUGGGAGCGAAGCGAAGACGGUAGCGUACUACGCGUUGCCUUUAACGCUUUCAAGUUCCCCAGCAGCGACAACAUAAGAUUCCAAUGUAACAUACGGGUCUGUUUCGGCAAAUGUCAACCGGUUAACUGUCGGGGCGCUGACGCCUUUGGUAAACGACGCAAACGAGAAGCGAUCGAUAGCAGUGCAGCAUCCUCACCUGCAGGCCAGUUCCGCGAAGAAGUGACUGUGGAAUCCAACCAAAUCCUGACGUUGCAGCGGCGCGACCCAUCACAGGUAGCGCGGCAGCGCGACGCGGGAGGAGCCGCGGGCGCCGGCGCAGGCGCGGGCGAGGUGUGCGUGUCGGCUGCGGGGCUGGCCGUGGCGCUGGCGCUGACGGCGCUGCUGGCGCUGGUGGCGGUGGCCGCGGCCGUGGCGUGCUGGCUGGUGGCGUGGAGGCGCGCGCGCCCGCCGCCCGCGCCGCUGCCGCACCCGGCCGACUUCCCCAACCCGCUGUUCCAGCGCUGAGUACGCUAGUCGCGGCCGCGCUCCUCCGCCGGCACCGGGCGGUGUCGGUCUUCCUCUCUCCCUAUCUCUGUGCUGCCGCCGGAGGACCGCCGGCCGGGGGCGCGCCGGGCGCCGCUCGCGCUCGCCGCGCCCCAACCUUUACUUAAUUUUAUAAUAUUUUUUUACGUUUUACUAUUACUAAUGUGGCAUCCGUCGCUCUUCGAAUUUUGUGAUAUUCAUAUAAAUAUUCGAAAUCACCAUAAUUUUAUGUAAAAUAAACAUCGAUUAUACCUAAUUUUAAGAAUAAAUAAUUAAUAAUA